AUGUCACAAGUGGCCUCACUAGUGGUGAUCCCGGUGAGUGCCAAGUUCACCUCUCUGUGACCCCAUUUCCCUUCCUGUUGGCUGGUAUUCAACGCAACAUCGCUGUAAAUACCACCAGCAGCAGGGACAGUCACACAUAGUGAUGAUGGUCAGGAAUCUAGCCUGUAAAUCACAUCCAGUAGUAGACAGAUCACACACACAAGCGUCCUAAGCAUGCUUGAGCUGUCAAGAUGUUCACAUUUUUCAUUGGCAUUUGAUUUGAUAGGCUGUACCUCUAACUGGGUUAGAAGGAGGAUAAUCUUAGUAUGUAACACAUUUAUAGUUCUGGCCUAGAUUCUGAUUGAGGAGACAAGUUACUUCUGUCCCUGUUGUUCUGAAAUAGUCUUUGAGAAACGAUAGACCCAUUCUCUGGAUAAGAUUUUAUGAAUUGGGACUGAAACACUGUCAUUACGCUGAACACAUUUACUAAUGUAUGGUAGUGAGAGGCUUUCAAUCCCCUAUUCAUUGCACAAAUGAGUCAUAUUAUUGACUGUUAUCGCCAGAGACCUUGACAAGGAUAAUUAGGUGGGCAUGGGUGAGUUAAUGAUGCUGAGGCCUCUGUCGUGUACUCCAAUGCCUGAGGAGGAGUGCUACUCUGCUCAAUCUCCUCCCUGUUCAUGAUUGACUGUCGGAGACAUCAAAAUAGAAUGAGAAUAUGUGGCUUUUUUAACCUCUUCAUUCAAAGUGGUCAUUACAUAGCAUACAAGAUCAAGCUUGGCCUUUAUGAGCACUGUUGUGUGGGAAGCUACCACUCCAGCCCUUCGAAGUGUAGCCUAGUUUGAGAUGUACAAGGAAGUUUUCAGUAAUUUCUACCAUUGUCCCCUCCAUCUCUAAGUCAUUUCUGAGGUAAAAUGGUUGGACUUCUACAGAUGAAAUUGCUGAUUUUAUCUGUUAUGUAAUGCGGUCAUUCAAACCACUGGUUUAAACCCAUGCAUCCUAUUUCAGUGGCUGAGGACUUCAUGGAAAUGAACACCACUUUAAAGAGUAGUCGCUCGCUGUUGAGAGAGGACAAAAUGCUUAGCCAGAGACUGGAUGCCUGAACAGCGUAGAGGUGUGUGGUGCUUUGAAUGUAAACUACAGGUAUUAGAAAUGGCAUGUUCAACAGUAGAUUUUUGAUGUAGCUGGAAGUCCUGCAUCAGACAGGUAGUCAAUUCUUCACUGACAUCUCUCUGCAGUAGCUGGCCUAGAUGUACAGAUGCUAAGGUGUUUGAUGGGCUUGUGCUGACAACCACACUUUCAGCCCUGAUGAGCCUUGUCACUCUCCAACGGCUACUUUUCACCCAAAUUGAAUAACUCACUGUUACCAAGUGAUUGCCUUUGCCCUGGUUUUGCAAGAGUGCUCCAGGCUCUGUUACCUUGACCCUUGCCUCUGGUUCGCCUUAUCUCCGCUACACCCUAAAGCUGGUAUCUGACUGAGACAUUAAUAUCUGGUACUGCAGGGCAUAAUAUUAAUGUAUUAUUUUGGGGUAUUGCUGUCUGACUUGUCUGCCUGUUUCUCCUGUAUUAGGUGCUGGCCUGGUUCGAGGAGGGAGAGGAGACCAUCACAGCCUUCGUGGAGCCUUUUGUAAUUUUGCUGAUUCUAAUAGCAAAUGCCAUCGUGGGUGUCUGGCAGGUAAGCAGAUCUUUUACAACCUUUUUUCUUUUAAUAUGGUCAACUUAGAUUUUUCUUAGUUUGAUAGACUGUCCCACGCUAAGAGGGAUAUAAUUAAUAGUAGUAGGCCUAGCUUAUGAUAGGAUCAGGCCAUAUCUAGAGAUAACUGAUUGCCUCACUCACUGUAAAUUGAGGGAAUUGAUUGUGUGCAUGAGGAAGAAACUGAAAUUAUGUAGAAAUUGUAGCAAAGCUGUUUUUGCCCCUGGCUGGUUUAAUGACAGUUUCUUAGUCACUCCAGUCAGUGACAACCAUUAGUUGCCUGUGAUUGGUCACUGAGCUGGUCCCCCUGAUGGCAGGGUUUGGAUGCUAGGAAGAGGGUUUGGAGGGAUCCCUGUGGAUGUCCUCUUGCCAGUUAAACGCCUGCCUGCCCAAACAAUCCUCGGGGAGAGAAAAUGCCAUGAACAAAAAGACAGUUAAAAAUAGAACCAAGCUUAGAGCGGAACCAGAGGCUAUUCUUCUCAGUCCUUUAUGACGCAGGAGAAUGAAGAUAUACACUGGGCAUAUAGCUAGGCCUAUACAGUGAGGGAAAAAAGUAUUUGAUCCCCUGCUGAUUUUGUACGUUUGCCCACUGACAAAGAAAUUAUCAGUCUAUAAUUUUAAUGGUAGGUUUAUUUGAACAGUGAGAGACAGAAUAACAACAAAAAAAUCCAGAAAAACGCAUGUAAAAAAUGUUAUAAAUUGAUUUGCAUUUUAAUGAGGGAAAUAAGUAUUUGACCCCUCUGCAAAACAUGACUUAGUACUUGGUGCUAAAACCCUUGUUGGCAAUCAGAGGUCAGACGUUUCUUGUAGUUGGCCACCAGGUUUGCACACAUCUCAGGAGGGAUUUUGUCCCACUUCGAGGCUGAUGUUUGGCAACUCGAACCUUCAGCUCCCUCCACAGAUUUUCUAUGGGAUUAAGGUCUGGAGACUGGCUAGGCCACUCCAGGACCUUAAUGUGCUUCUUCUUGAGCCACUCCUUUGUUGCCUUAGCCGAGUGUUUUGGGUCAUUGUCAUGCUGGAAUACCCAUCCAUGACUUUUUUCCCUCACUGUAUGUAGCUAUCCACAUUUAAAGCCGUAGUCAUUCAGUUUAGAAGUUAGUCAGUCGGUUGAAUCAUGGCUGUGUAAUGGUGUUGCCUGCCGAGUGCAUUAACUGUUGCUCAAGGGUACUACACAAUGUGAUUAGCCUAUACAUCUCUUAUACAGUUUGAUUGAUCAACUUAAUUAAAGAUUAGUGAUCCGAGAACCAUUAUUCUUGCCUACUCAUUGCUGACUGUAUCAAGUGGAAAAGUAAUUCACUGCAUAGUCCUCCCCUGGAGCACUGUGUGUGCAGUUCUACAGAACAUGGUUUUGAUGGAUUUCAGUCCAUCCUCCUUGACUCAUUCUAGUUCUUCUCUCCACUGCUCAUGGGACUAGCACAAUGGUAGUGUGAGGUCACCCCCACACUAUGCAGUAGUACAGUGGGAUCCUCACAUGAAAGGUGUGACAUAAACACAAUGAAUUCAGCCAUCCCUAUUGUGUUACGGGACAUUCAGAUUAGUUCCUAUACUCUAGCAGGACUGUUGUCAUCAAUAUGUGCGUCGGGGGAGUUCUCUGACACACCUGUGCUGCUGCUGAUGUCUGUCUCGAAGGGAUGAAUCAUGUUUAAUGAGCUUUGAAGUUUUAUAACUUGCAAACCCAGGUCUCCCAGCCCCAGCUGUUCAAACAAGCUUGUGCCACUGAUGGCACUGUUAAAACCAAGCCAGAAAAAACACUGGAAACCUACAGAUGUACUGCAAGAAUUGUGGAAGAUAUAUGAUUCCAUAUAGUCACUCUCUCUAGAUUACGUUUAAAAUUUUAGUCAUUUAGCAGACGCUCUUAUCCAGAGUGAGUGCAUUUUUUUUUUCAUACUGGCCCCCCGUGGGAAUCGAACCCACAACCCUGGCGUUGCAAGCGCCAUGCUCUACCAACUGAGCUACACAAUAAGUUUUACUUUUUAGCUCCCAGUGUCAAGAAAUCCCUAGAUGCAGAGGGGGAUGGAGUUGGAUAGUGAAAGCCUAUAUUAAGUUGUCAUUGUAAAACUCCAGAUCUAACUAGAUAACUCUCCCAAUUCAGGCUAAAGAUAGAGCAAGCAUCCCACUGGAGUCCCCAGGCCAGGAGCAGAGAGAAAAUAGGUCUUAUUUUCCCUCCCUGCCUUCGUUCAUUUCUCACUCAUGCAGAAACCCUCGUCCCACGUUCUCCUCCUUGGUUUUAUUUUAGUCUCCAUUCAUUACUCUGACUGGCCUGAGAUGCCCCCCCCCCCCACCCCCCCUCCCCCUCCACUCACAUGCCAAGUUUUCCCUCCUCACUCUUGGGUCCUUUUAGGGGUAAAAAAAUAAAAAAGCUCGAUGGCACAACCUGUAUGGUUGUACGGGUAUGUCUCUCUGCUUGUGGUUUCCUCUAGACUUCUGGCUUAUCCCAAGGGGUUAAAGUGGCAGGUCAUCGACAGGAGGUGGAUUAUUGAUUUGGCUGUGUGCACCUUUGUUGCUGGAGCAGGCUUGGAGGCACACAGCCUAAUUACCUUUCUGCUCGGUUUCUUUUUCAAUCCGAGUCGGAGCAGAGGCAGGAGAAGAUCGCCGCUCGAUGGGCACAGGGACUCCUAGCACCCGCCAUGCACAUGGCAACAAGAUUUAGAGGCCCAUAAAAGACCACAGUAAAUAAUGCCGGGUGUCACUCGGCAACCGGGUCAGCUACAGGCGAGUUAGUGUAGGGGGACAGUAGUAAUGGCUUAACAGUAAAGGUUUACUGUGUUCUAAAUGUAUUAUCAUAUGGUGUCUAUUUCGCGCUUGGCACCUGUAUCUUAGAAAUUGACAGAUUGAGUCACAGGCUAAGGUUGUGGAGAGGUGAUUAGAUGACUAGAAAGAGUGUCCUGUUGGGCAGAUGUCCACCCACACCCGGAAGGAGUCCCAUUGAAGCAGGUCCAUACAGUUUGUCUGUUUAGUUAGUUAUACCUUUUUGGUCAAUGGUGUCAUUGACCACUGGAGUUUAGUACAGAGCAGUCUUUCUUGCCAUAUGGCUUUUACAUCCUGCCAAACAGUGGAUUUCUAAUAUAUUCCUUAACCAACAUAAUGAAAUCUUUCUCUAGCCAUAGAACCAUGUGGUGAGUCGUUCUAUUCAGAAUACACCCUGGUUACUGUGGCUAGGACAAACCUCUAAUCGAGAGCUAAGUAUUUUUCUUAAUGUGCAGGAUGUAAAUGAGAUUACCCACAUUUCAAAAAGACUCAUUGUAAUGGUUAUGGUCAAUAAUAUCAAAGGCUGCACUGAAAUUUAACAGUACAGGUCCCACAAGCUUAUUAUCAAUUUAUUUCAACCAAUCAUCAGUAAUUUGUGUCAGUGCAGUACAUGUUGAAUGCCCUUCUCUAUAAGCAUGCUGGAAGUCUGUUCAUUUGUUUACAGAGAAAUAGCAUUGUAUUUGGUCAAACACCAUUUUUUCCAACAGUUUGCUAAGCGCUUGGCAGCAAGCUGAUAGGUCUGCUGUUAGAACCAUUAAAGGCCGCUUUACCACUCUUGGGUAGCGGAAUGACUUUGGCUUCCCUCCAGACCUGAGGACAAAGACUUUCCUCUAGGCUCAGAUUAAAUAUAUUACAGAUAUGAGUGGCUAUAGAGUCAGCUACCAUCCUCAGUAGCUUUCCAUCUAAAUUGUCAAUUCCAGGAGGUUUAUUGAUCGCUAACAAUAAUUUUUCCACCUCUCCCACACUAACUUUACAAAAUUCUAACUUACAAUGCUUUUCUUUUAUUAUUAUUAUUAUUUUUAUAUAUGAAUGAUGGCUCACCGUUCGUUGUUGUCAUUUCCUGCCUAAGUUUGCCCACUUUGCCAAUGAAGUUAUCAUAAAAAUAAUUGGGAACAUCAAAUGGUUUUGUGAUGAAUAAGCCACCUGAGUCAUUUUAAAGUACUCAAGUUGUUUUUCCAUCAUUCUUUAUAUCAUUGAUCUUGGCUUCAUAAUACAGUUUCAUCUUCUUUUUGUUGAGUUUAGUCACAUUUUCUCAAUUUGUAGUAAGUCAGAUGUGCAGCCAGACUUAUUAGGCACUCCUUUUGCCUCAUCUCUUUCAACCAUACAGUUUUUCAAUUCCUCAUCAAUCCAUGGAGCCGUAACAGUUCUAACAGUCAGUUUCUUAACAGGUGCAUGUUUAUCAAUAAUUGGAAGAAACAAUUUGUGCAGCAUCUGGAUGCUCCUUAUUAAUCACAUCAGAGCAACAAAUAUUUUUAACAUCAUCCACUGGAGCUGGAUCCAAUGGGUAUGGCUACGGCUUUAGAACAAAGUUCUAUAGUAUUAGUAAAAAUGUUAUCAAAACAUGUAGAUGAUCUUGUUCCUGUAGUGUUUGUAAACACCCAGGUAGGUUGAUUUAAUAACCUGAACCAGGUUACAGGCACUAUAUAUACAGUGGGGAAAAAAAGUAUUUAGUCAGCCACCAAUUGUGCAAGUUCUCCCACUUAAAAAGAUGAGAGGCCUAUAAUUUUCAUCAUAUGUACACGUCAACUAUGACAGACAAAAUGAGAAGAAAACAAUCCAGAAAAUCACAUUGUAGGAUUUGUAAUGAAUUUAUUUGCAAAUUAUGGUGGAAAAUAAGUAUUUGGUCAAUAACAAAAGUUUCUCAAUACUUUGUUAUAUACCCUUUGUUGGCAAUGACACAGGUUAAACGUUUUCUGUAAGUCUUCACAAGGUUUUCACACACUGUUGCUGGUAUUUUGGCCCAUUCCUCCAUGCAGAUAUCCUCUAGAGCAGUGAUGUUUUGGGGCUGUCGCUGGGCAACACAGACUUUCAACUCCCUCCAAAGAUUUUCUAUGGGGUUGAGAUCUGGAGACUGGCUAGGUCACUCCAGGACCUUGAAAUGCUUCUUACGAAGCCACUCCUUCGUUACCCGGGCGGUGUGUUUGGGAUCAUUGUCAUGCUGAAAGACCCAGCCACGUUUCAUCUUCAAUGCCCUUGCUGAUGGAAGGAGGUUUACACUCAAAAUCUCACGAUACAUGGCCCCAUUCAUUCUUUCCUUUACACGGAUCAGUCGUCCUGGUCCCUUUGCAGAAAAACAGCCCCAAAGCAUGAUGUUUCCACCCCCAUGCUUCACAGUAGGUAUGGUGUUCUUUGGAUGCAACUCAGCAUUCUUUGUCCUCCAAACACGACAAGUUGAGUUUUUACCAAAAAGUUAUAUUUUGGUUUCAUCUGACCAUAUGACAUUCUCCCAAUCCUCUUCUGGAUCAUCCAAAUGCACUCUAGCAAACUUCAGACGGGCCUGGACAUGUACUGGCUUAAGCAGGGGGACACGUCUUGCACUGCAGGAUUUGAGUCCCUUGGCGGCGUAGUGUGUUACUGAUGGUAGGCUUUGUUACUUUUGUCCCAGCUCUCUGCAGGUCAUUCACUAGGUCCCCCCGUGUGGUUCUGGGAUUUUUGCUCACCGUUCUUGUGAUCAUUUUGACCCCACGGGGUGAGAUCUUGCGUGGAGCCCCAGAUCGAGGGAGAUUAUCAGUGGUCUUGUAUGUCUUCCAUUUCCUAAUAAUUGCUCCCACAGUUGAUUUCUUCAAACCAAGCAGCUUACCUAUUGCAGAUUCAGUCUUCCCAGCCUUUUGACAGCUAUUUGGUCUUGGCCAUAGUGGAGUUUGGAGUGUGACUGUUUGAGGUUGUGGACAGGUGUCUUUUAUACUGAUAACAAGUUCAAACAGGUGCCAUUAAUACAAGUAACGAGUGGAGGACAGAGGAGCCUCUUAAAGAAGAAGUUACAGGUCUGUGAGAGCCAGAAAUCUUGCUUGUUUGUAGGUGACCAAAUACUUAUUUUCCACCAUAAUUUGCAAAUAAAUUCAUAAAAAAUCCUACAAUGUGAUUUUCUGGAUUUUUUUUUCUCAAUUUGUCUGUCAUAGUUGACGUGUACCUUUGAUGAAAAUUACAGGCCUCUCAUCUUUUUAAGUGGGAGAACUUGCACAAUUGGUGGCUGGCUAAAUACUUUUUUCCCCCACUGUAUGUACAGUGAGGGGAAAAAAGUAUUUGAUCCCCUGCUGAUUUUGUACGUUUGCCCACUGACAAAAAUGUUCAGUCUAUAAUUUUAAUGGUAGGUUUAUUUGAACAGUGAGAGACAGAAUAACAACAAAAAAAUCCAGAAAAACCCAUGUCAAAAAUGUUAUAAAUUGAUUUGCAUUUUAAUGAGGGAAAUAAGUAUUUGACCCCUCUGCAAAACAUUACUUAGUACUUGGUGGCAAAACCCUUGUUGGCAAUCACAGAGGUCAGACGUUUCUUGUAGUUGGCCACCAGGUUUGCACACAUCUCAGGAGGGAAUUUGUCCCACUCCUCUUUGCAGAUCUUCUCCAAGUCAUUAAGGUUUCGAGGCUGACGUUUGGCAACUCGAACCUUCAGCUCCCUCCACAGAUUUUCUAUGGGAUUAAGGUCUGGAGACUGGCUAGGCCACUCCAGGACCUUAAUGUGCUUCUUCUUGAGCCCUUCCUUUGUUGCCUUGGCCGUGUGUUUUGGGUCAUUGUCAUGCUGGAAUACCCAUCCACGACCCAUUUUCAAUGCCCUGGCUGAGGGAAGGAGGUUCUCACCCAAGAUUUGACGGUACAUGGCCCCGUCCAUCGUCCCUUUUGAUGCGGUGAAGUUGUCCUGUCCCCUUAGCAGAAAAACACCCCCAAAGCAUAAUGUUUCCACCUCGGGGAUGGUGUUCUUGGGGUCAUAGGCAGCAUUCCUCCUCCUCCAAACACGGCGAGUUGAGUUGAUGCCAAAGAGCUCCAUUUUGGUCUCAUCUGACCACAACACUUUCACCCAGUUCUCCUCUGAAUCAUUCAGAUGUUCAUUGGCAAACUUCAGACGUGCAUGUAUAUGUGCUUUCUUGAGCAGGGGGACAUUGCGGGCGCUGCAGGAUUUCAGUCCUUCACGGCGUAGUGUGUUACCAAUUGUUUUCUUGGUGACUAUGGUCCCAACUGCCUUGAGAUCAUUGACAAGAUCCUCCCGUGUAGUUCUGGGCUGAUUCCUCACCGUUCUCAUGAUCAUUGCAACUCCACGAGGUGAGAUCUUGCAUGGAGCCCCAGGCCGAGGGAGAUUGACAGUUAUUUUGUGUUUCUUCCAUUUGCGAAUAAUCGCACCAACUGUUGUCACCUUCUCACCAAGCUGCUUGGCGAUGGUCUUGUAGCCCAUUCCAGCCUUGUGUAGGUCUACAAUCUUGUCCCUGACAUCCUUGGAGAGCUCUUUGGUCUUGGCCAUGGUGGAGAGUUUGGAAUCUAAUUGAUUGAUUGCUUCUGUGGACAGGUGUCUUUUAUACAGGUAACAAGCUGAGAUUAGGAGCACUCCCUUUAAGAGUGUGCUCCUAAUCUCAGCUCGUUACCUGUAUAAAAGACACCUGGGAGCCAGAAAUGUUUCUGAUUGAGAGGGGGUCAAAUACUUUAUUCCCUCAUUUAAAAUGCAAAUCAAUUGAUAUCAUUUUUGACAUGCAUUUCUCUGGAUUCUUUUGUUAUUCUGUCUCUCACUGUUCAAAUAAACCUACCAUUAAAAUUAUAGACUGAUCAUUUCUUUGUCAGUGGGCAAACGUACAAAAUCAGCAGGGGAUCAAAUACUUUUUUCCCUCUGUAUAUAUGUGUAUGUAUGUAUGCAUGUGUGUAUGUAUGCAUGUGUGUAUGCAUACAAACAUACAGUACCAGUCAAAAGUUUGGACACCUACUCAUUCAAGUUUUUUUUUCUUUUUUUCUCUACAUCGUAGAAUAAGAGUGAAGACAUCACAACUAGGAAAUAACACUUAGUAACCAAAAAAGUGUUAAACAAAUCAACAUUUUAGAGCUUAAAUUCUUCAAAGUAGCCACCCUUUGCCUUGAUGACAGCGUUGCAAGCUCUUGGAAUUCUCUCAACCAGCUAAAUUAGGAAUGCUUUUCCAACAGUCUUGAAGGAGUUCCCACAUAUGCUGAGCACUUGUUGGCUGCUUUUCCUUCACUCUGCGGUCCAACUCAUCCCAAACCAUCUCAAUUGGGUUGAGGUCGGGUGAUUGUGGAGGCCAGGUCAUCCGAUGCAGCACUCAUCACUCUCCUUGGUCAAAUAGCCCUUACACAGCCUGGAGGUGUGUUUUGGGUUAUUGUCCUGUUGAAAGCCCAAACCAGAUGGGAUGGCGAAUAGCUGCAGAAUGUUGUGGUAGCCAUGCUGGUUAAGUGUGCCUUGAAUUCUAAAUACAUCACAGACAGUGUUACCAGCAAAGCACCAUCACACCACCUCCUCCAUGCUUCAUGGUGGGAACCACACAUGCGGAGAUUGUCUUUUCACCUACUCUGCGUCUCACAAAGACACAGCGGUUGGAACGAAAAAUGUCAAAUUUGGACACAUCAGACCAAAGGACAGAUUUCCACCGGUCUAAUGUCCAUUGUUCCUGUUUCUUGGCCCAAGCAAGUCGUCUUCUUAUUGGUGUCCUUUAGUAGUGGUUUCUUUGCAGCAAUUCGACCAUGAAGGCCUGAUUUCACGCAGUCUCCUCUGAACAGUUGAUGUUGAGAUGUGUCUGUUACUUGAACUCUGUGAAGCAUUUAUUUUGGCUGCAAUCUGAGGUCCAGUUAACUCUAAUGAACUUAUCCUCUGCAGCAGAGGUAACUCUAGGUCUUCCAUUCCUGUGGCGGUCCUCAUGAGAGCCAGUUUCAUCAUCGCGCUUGAUGGUUUUUGCGACUGAACUUUACCGUAUUGACUGACCAUAUCUUAAAGUAAUGAUGGACUGUUGUUUCUCUUUGCUUAUUUGAGCUGUUCUUGCCAUAAUAUGGAUUUGGUAUUUUACCAAAUAGGGCUAUAUUCUGUAUACCCCCCUACCUUGUCACAACACAACUGAUUGGCUCAAACGCAGUAAGAAGGAAGAAAUUCCACAAAUGAACUUUUUAAGAAGGCACACCUGUUCAUUGAAAUGCAUUUCAGGUGACUACCUCAUGAAGCUGGUUGAGAGAAUGCCAAGUGUGCAAAGCUGUCAUCAAGGCAAAGGGUGGCUAUUUGAAGAAUCUGAAAUAUAAAAUAUUUUUAGAUUUGUUUAACACUUUUUUGGUUACUACACAAUUCCAUAUGUGUUAUUUCAUAGUUUUGAUGUCUUCACUAUUAUUCUGCAAUGUGAAACAUUUUAAAAAUAAAGAAAAACCCUUGAAUGAGUAGGUGUGUCCAAACUUUUGACUGGUAGUGUGUGUGUGUGAGUAUAUAUAAUCUCUCUCUCUCUGUGCCUUGACAUAAUCCUGUCUUGGAACUCUACAGACAAUUCCUUCGACCUCAUGGCUUGGUUUUUGCUCUGACAUGCACUGUCAACUGUGGAACCUUUUUUAUAUAGACAGGUGUGUGCCUUUUUCAAAUCAUGUCCAAUCAAUUGAAUUUACCACAGGUAGACUCCAAUCAAGUUGUAGAAACAUCUCAAGGAUAAUCUAUGGAAACAGGAUACACCUGAGCUCAAUUUGGAGUCUCAUAGCAAAGGGUCUGAAUACUUAUGUAAAUAAGGUAUUUCUGUUUUUAGUUUUAAUACAUUUGCAAACAUUUCUAAAAACCUGUUUUCGCUUUGUCAUUAUGGGGUAUUGUGUGUAGAUUGAUGCAUGCUUACAUACAGUGCAUUCGGAAAGUAUUCAGACCCCUUCCCUUAUUCCACAUUUUGUUACGUUACAGCUUUAUUCCAAAAUGGAUACAAAAAUUAAAUUGACACACAACCUAUAAGCUAACAGUAAAAAAAAAAAUGUAUUCAGAAUAAAAACAGAUAGCAGUGCAUGUCAGAGCAAAAACCAAGACAUUAGGUCAAGGGAAUUGUCCGUAGAUUUUCGAGACAGGAUUGUGUCGAGGCACAGAUCUGGGGAAGGGUACCAAUAAAAUUCUGCAGCAUUGAAGGUCCCUAAGAACGCAGUGGCCUCCAUCAUUCUUGAAUGGAAAAGGUUUGGAACCACCAAGUCUCUUCCUAUAGCUGGCUGCCUGGCCAAACUGCGCAAUCAAGGAAGAAGGGCCUUGGUCUGGGAGGUGGCCAAGAACCCGAUGGUAACUCUGACAGAGCUCCACAGUUCCACUGUGGAGAUGGGAGAACCUUCCAGAAGGACAACCAUCUCUGCAGCACUCCACCAAUCAGGCCUUUAUGGUAGAGUGGCCAUACGGAAGCGACUCCUCAGUAAAAGGCACAUGACAGCCCGCUAGGGAGUUUGCCAAAAGGCAACUAAGCAAGGGGCACCACCAAGCAAGCGGCACCAUGAAGACCAAGGAGCUCUCCAAACAGGUCAGGGACAAAGUUGUGUAGAAGUACAGAUCAGGGUUGGGUUAUAAAAAAAAUAUCCGAAACUUUGAACAUCCCACAGAGCACCAUUAAAUCCAUGAUUAAAAAAUGGAAAGAAUAUAGCACCACAACAAACCUGCCAAGAGGGGGCCGCCCACCAAAACUCAUGGACCAGGCAAGGAGGGCAUUAAUCAGAGGCAUCAAAGAGACCAAAGAUAACCCUGAAGGAGCUGCAAAGCUCCACAGCGGAGUUUGGAGUAUCUGUCCAUAGGACCACUUUAAGCCGUACACUCCACAGAGCUGGGCUUUAUGGAAGAGUGGCCAGAAAAACGCCAUUGCUUAAAGAAAUAAAUAAGCAAACACUUUUGGUGUUCGCCAAAAGGCAUGUGGGAGACUCUCCAAACAUAUGGAAGAAGGUACCCUGGUCAGAUGAGAUUAAAAUUGAGGUUUUUUGGCCAUCAAGGAAAACGCUAUGUCUGGCGCAAACCCAACACCUCUCAUCACCCCGAGAACACCAUCUCCACAGUGAAGCGUGGUGGCAGCAUCAUGCUGUGGGGAUGUUUUUCAUCAGCAGGGACUGGGAAACUGAUCAGAAUUCAAGGAAUGAUGGAAACCUGUUUCAGUCUCCCAGAGAUGUGAGACUGGGACGGAGGUUCACCUUCCAGCAGGACAAUGACCCUAAGCAUACUGCUAAAGCAACACUCGAGUGGUUCAAGAGGAAACAUUUAAAUGUCUUGGAAUGUCCUAGUCAAAGCCCAGACCUCAAUCCAAUUGAGAAUCUGUGGUAUGACUUAAAGAUUGCUGUACACCAGCGGAACCCAUCCAACGUGAAGGAGCUGGAGCAGUUUUGCCUUGAAAAAUGGGCAAAAAUCCCAGUGGCUAGAUGUGCCAAGCUUAUAGAGACAUACCCCAAGAGACUUGCAGCUGUAAUUGCUGCAAAAGGUGGCUCUGAGUAUUGACUUUGGGGGGGUGAAUAGUUAUGCACGCUCAAGUUUUCUGUGUUUUUAUCAUUUCUUGUUUGUUUCACCAAAAAAACAUAUUUUGCAUCUUCAAAGUGGUAGGCAUGUUGUGUAAAUCAAAUGAUACAAACCCCCCCGAAAAUCAAUUUUAAUUCCAGGUUGUAAGGCAACAAAAUAGAAAAAAUUGGAAGUAUUGUGCUACAUACGCCCCUUUUUAUGAGAGUCACACAAGUGCCCGCCUUUUUCUCUUUGUAAGAAAUCAUUGUAGCAUAGGCCUAUACCAUGUCGAAGCCAUGUUUACAUAUUGAUUUUACACGCAUUUUGCACUUUAUUUUAGUGUUGUCGUUGAUGAGUAAUUGUAUGUUUUCAUUUAAGAAAAUACAAAGUGUUGGUAUUCCUGAUUUUCUGUUCUCAUCAGGCAUUAUGACUCAUGAUCAUAUAUGGAAUCAGGAAUACCAAGUUUUGUAUUUUCUUAAAUAAACAAAAAUUAACUGCAUUUCAUUUUCCCGCUGUACCGAAACCGAACUGUGACCCCAAAACCGCAAUACGUACCGAACCAUGGGUUUGGUGAAUCAUUGCACCCCCACAUACAGUACCUCACUCAGUGCUGUCUGCUGUUCACUGUGGUUUAAGUGUGUUUUAACUCUGCGGAAUCCCCCGGGGCUGUUGUCUCUGGCCACCAACUCCUCGAUCAUCUCUCGGGCCUUCUGCUGCACCUCACUGCUUCCAAAUAUUUACACCUCACCCUCAUAGUCCCCCUAGUUGAUCUACAACACGCACGCAGGGAAGUUACCUCUACGGGGGUGGCUUUUGAUUAGGUGUAGUGUAGAAAAUUCAUUAAAGAAAUAAGCAAAUGCAAUGUCUAACGUUAAGUUAAUUUACUCUAGCAUGCCAUAUUCAGUUAAAUUAGGCUAGUGAUGGCAGUUGUGGAGACAGGCACUUAUGGUAGUAAGGACAUAAAUUAUAUUAUGCUCUAGGCCCUGUUGAAGUUUGUAAGAGAAGAGCCGUUAUUUGUCAGGUCGUUUGCCAUUGUAUAAGCAAACAAAACUUGUCUGGGGAUGGUGGAGGUUAUGAUGACGAACCUGUUCAGAAUAUCUUUUGAAUUAUACUCAGUCCUCGACCAAACUCUACUUCAAUACAAGCGCCUUGGACCAAUCAAUGCCCACAACGGUUAUCACGGCAACCGUUAACAACCUACAACACUCUCCCUGCCGCCUGUGUUUUUAACGAAGGCUUUGUGUCCGUGUUCCCAUCCAAUGAGAGAGGCCAGCGGGUGUGCCCUGUCCAAAGUGAUGCCAGGCUGGCUGCUUGUGAUUGUCCCUCGGGGAGUAAUCCCACAGGGAGGAAAAGGUCAGCAGAUCGCUGGUAGUUGAUUGGGGAGUAAAGGACGGGGGGGGUAGAGGGACUGGGAGGGUUUCACUGUGGUACACUGUGCUCCAGUCCUCAGCUAUAUCUGAUUGCACACUGACUUGUGACGUUAAACAUACAAGAUGUUAAAAAUACAAGUCCAUUGAAUUCCCAGGGUUGAGUGAGUCAGGAAUGUGUUGUUUCCUUAUAUCUGAAAUUGAGCCCCUUAAGUGUAAUGGCCGUAUUUUCAUUUGGUCCUAUUUGUUUUUUCUUUGACGUGUGAUGAGAGAUCCACAGAUCAGCAUUGUAAAUACUGUGGUAUUUCUGUCUAUUACAAUGUCCAGUGAUUUGUUGUUGGAUACACUUCUCGUUUGGGUUUGCUUCCUUUCUCCUCUUAAGGGUCACUGGUCAAGUGAUCAUUCUCAUUCUUUAACCAUCUCUAAAUGCUCUUUGUGUAGGAUCUGGCCAUCAACACACACGUAAAGCUUACAUUAUCUCUGUGAAUAAUAUUGAUUUAAUCUGGUUGCUUUUGCCUUACAGGAGCGAAAUGCGGAGAAUGCCAUUGAAGCGCUCAAAGAGUACGAGCCGGAGAUGGGAAAGGUGUACCGGCAGGACAGGAAGAGUGUGCAGCGGAUCAAGUCCAGGGACCUUGUACCAGGGGACAUUGUGGAGGUGGCCGGUAAGAUGCUUCCAAUACACGGGGUGGGGGGGGUCAAAACAUUUGCCCACCCCUGCGCCAUCCCAGUUAUGCAUGUCUGCUUAGCUUUGAUAACCCAGUGUUGUGUGAUCACUGAAUAUUUUUUUCAGAGUGCAGGUGUGUCAGUUUAUUAGGGAUGGGCAUCUUUCCCUUUUAAGACGAUUCGAUACGUAUCUAGAUACAUGGGCUCCGAUACGAUACAGGGACGAUACGUUUUAGUUUGGUGCGAUUUCGGUUUGAUUAGAGAAUUAAUCAAUACGAUUCGAUACAUAAACAUUCAUUUUCCAUUCUAAAUUCAAAUCUGCUUCUGAUAAGCUCAUGAGCUGGGCCUCUCUGAGCUGACCUGUGUGUGUACAUGUGUAUGUCUAUGGUGUAUGUAGUAGGGCUGGGUGAUAUAUCAAAAUAAUUUGAUUAAUUAAAAUGUAUGUUUUAGCGCGGUAUUCCAAAUACCUCUAUUCCAAGAAUAGUGGGGUUUUUCUUCUGUUUUUAUGAGCGUUUAUGUCCACUUGUUCUCAUGUUGUCUUUUUGGUCUCGUCACCAUCACUCUUUCUGUGCUGUCUGCACCUUCCCAUUUACACACACAAACACACACACACACACCAAGCCCCUCCCCCAGCCACUCACAACAACAAAGAUUAGAUGUUUAUUUAUUUUUCACAAAAUUAAAAUCACAGUGCAGUUAUCACAAAAGUACCACUAACUAAUACUUUUUUUUGCAAUUUUAUUAACCAGAGCUGUAAUGCACGAGGGAGAGCAAGAGGCUCGAAGCAGAGCAGCAGCUCUUGUGAGUGACGCUGGGAGUAGGGAGGGGGAGAUAUAGCAAACAAGUUGACACGCGCUGGUAGAUUAAGUUAUUGCUAGUUACACUCAGUGGCCAGUUUAUUAGGUUCACUCCUACAGAAAGUGAGUCACGUAGCCGUGGCUUGCUAUAUAAACCAGACAGAUGGGUGUAGAGGCAUUCAGUUACUGUUCGAUUGGGUGUGGUAUGAUCGUCCGGGCCAGUUCCAGUAUCUCAGAAACGUCCGGCCUAGUGAGCUUUUCACGCGGGACGUCUAGGGUUUACCAAGAAUGGUGCGACAAACAAAACAUCCAGUCAGCGGCAGUCGUGUGGGCGAAAACAGCUCGUUGACGAGAGAUCGAAGGACAAUGUCAAGAAUCGUGCAAGCAUACAGGCAAAUAACGGCGCAGUACAACAGUGGUGUGCAGAACGGCAUCUCAGAACACACACAACUCGUCGAUCCUUGUCACGGAUUGGCUAUUGCAGCAGACGACCACACCUGGUUCCACUCCUAUCGGCUAAAAACAAGAAGCGACUCCAGUGAGCACGCGAUCACCAACACUGGACAAUUUGAGGAAUGGAAAAACAUUGCCUGGUCCGACGGAUUCCGGUUCCUGUUGCGUCAUGCUGAUGGCAGAGUCAGGAUUUGGCUUAAGCCGCAUGAGUCCAUGGCCCCAUCCUGUCUGGUGUCAAUGGUACAGGCUGGUGGUGUAAUGGUGUGAGGAAUGUUUUCCUGGCACACGUAAGGUCCCUUGAUACCAAUUGAGCAACAUUUGAACGUUUCCAACACCUUGUAGAUUCAAUGCCCCAAAGUAUUCAGGCUGUUCAGGAGGCAAAGGGGGGUCUGACCCGGUACUAGAUGGGUGUACCUAAUGAACUGACCAAAAUGAAUGCUCAGUUUGUCGUGCCCGGCAUUGCGGUACCACGUACCACUAGCAGCGUUUUACUAGUGGAAAGUGGAUACCUAGUCAUUUGCACAAGUGAAUGCAUUCAACCAAAAUGUUUAUUCCGCAUUUUAACCCAACACCUCUGAAUCAAUUAAUUGUUGUCCAUGUCAUCGGCGCCCGAGGGUCAGAUGUUGGGGGUUAACUGCCUUGCUCAAGGGCAGAACGGUAGAUUUUUCCACCUUGCCGGCUCAGGGAUUCGAACCAGUGACCUUUCGAUUACUGGCCCAACACUCUUAACCGCUAGGCUACCUGCUGCCCCCACACUAGCUGUCUAGUCUGUAUUUUAUAAGUGUGCAAUAAGCAUAAAACCCAUUUAUGUAAGGAAUUGGCAACUCGUUCUCAUUCUGAGAAAUAAGGUAGGCCACUUGUUUUCAACAUCUGAACAAAUAUAUAUAUAUCUCAUCAAAAAAAGAAACGUCCUCUCACUGUCAACUGCAUUAAUUUUCAGCGAACUUAACAUGUGUAAAUAGUUCCACAGACAUGUGACUAACAGAAAUGGAAUAAUGUGUCCCCGAACAAAGGGAGUGUCAAAAUCAAAAGUAACAGUCCGUAUCUGGUGUGGCCACCAGCUGCAUUAAGUACUGCAGUGAAUCUCCUCCUCAUAGACUGCACCAGAUGUGCCAGUUCUUGCUGUGAGAUGUUACCCCACUCUUCCACCAAGGCACCUGCAAGUUCCCUGACAUUUCUGGGGGGAAUGGCCCUAGCCUUCACCCUCCGAUCCAACAGGUCCCAGACCUGCUCAAUGGGAUUGAGAUCCGGGCUCUUCGCUGGCCAUGGCAGAACACUGACAUCCCUGUCUUGCAGGAAAUCACGCACAGAACGAGCAGUAUGGCUGGUGGCAUUGUCAUGCUGGAUGGUCAUGUCAGGAUGAACCUGCAGGAAGGGUACCACAUGAGGGAGGAGGAUGUCUUCCCUGUAACGCACAGCGUUGAGAUUGCCUGCAACGACAAAAAGCUCAGUCCGAUGAUGCUGUGACACACCGCCCCAGACCAUGACGGACCCUCCACCUCCAGAUCGAUCCCACUCCAGAGUACAGGCCUCGUGUAACGCUCAUUCCUUCGACGAUAAACGCGAAUCCGACCAUCACCCCUGGUGAGACAAAACCGCGACUCGUCAGGUGAAGAGCACUUUUUGCCAGUCCUGUCUGGUCCAGCGACGGUGGGUUUGUGCCCAUAGGCGACGUUGUUGCCAGUGAUGUCUGUUGAGGACCUGCCUUACAACAGGCCUACAAGCCGUAAGUCCAGCCUCUCUCAGCCUAUUGCGGACAGUCUGAGCACUGAUGGAGGAAUUGUGCGUUCCUGGUGUAACUUGGGCAAUUGUUGCCAUCCUGUACCUGUCCCGCAGGUGUGCUGUUCGGAUGUACCGAUCCUGUGCAGGUGUUGUUACACGUGGUCUGCCACUGCGAGGAUGAUCAGCUGUCUGUCCGGUCUCCCUGUAGCGCUGUCUUAGGCAUCUCACAGUACGGACAUUGCAAUUUAUUGCCCUGGCCACAUCUGCAGUCCUCAUGCCUCUUUGCAGCAUGCGUAAGGCACGUUCACGAAGAUGAGCAGGGAUCCUGGGCAUCUUUCUUCUGGUGUUUUUCAGAGUCAGUAGAUAGGCCUCUUUAGUGUCCUAACUUUUCAUAACUGUGACCUUAAUUGCCUACUGUCUGUAAAUUGUUAGUGUCUUAACGAGCGUUCCACAGGUGCAUGUUCAUUGUUUAUGGUUCAUUGAACAAGCAUAGGAAACGGUGUUUAAACCCUUUACAAUGAAGAUCUGUGAAGUUAUUUGGAUUUUUACUAAUUAUCUUUGAAAGACAGGGUCCUGAAAAAGGGAAGUUUCUUUUUUUGCUGAGUUUGUUUAUAUAUAUAUACAUAUACGCACAUAUACAUAUACGCACAUAUACAUAUACGCACAUAUACAUAUACGCACACACACACACAGUGGGGAGAACAAGUAUUUGAUACACUGCCGAUUUUGCAGGUUUUCCUACUUACAAAGCAUGUAGAGGUCUGUAAUUUUUAUCAUAGGUACACUUCAACUGUGAGAGACGGAAUCUAAAACAAAAAUCCAGAAAAUCACAUUGUAUGAUUUUAAAGUAAUUAAUUUGCAUUUUAUUGCAUGACAUAAGUAUUUGAUCACCUACCAACCAGUAAGAAUUCCGGCUCUCACAGACCUGUUAGUUUUUGUUUAAGAAGCCCUCCUGUUCUCCACUCAUUACCUGUAUUAACUGCACCUGUUUGAACUCGUUACCUGUAUAAAAGACACCUGUCCACACACUCAAUCAAACAGACUCCAACCUCUCCACAAUGGCCAAGACCAGAGAGCUGUGUAAGGACAUCAGGGAUAAAAUUGUAGACCUGCACAAGGCUGGGAUGGGCUACAGGACAAUAGGCAAGCAGCUUGGUGAGAAGGAAACAACUGUUGGCGCAAUUAUUAGAAAAUUGAAGAAGUUCAAGAUGACGGUCAAUCACCCUCGGUCUGGGGCUCCAUGCAAGAUCUCACCUCGUGGGGCAUCAAUAAUCAUGAGGAAGGUGAGGGAUCAGCCCAGAACUACACGGCAGGACCUGGUCAAUGACCUGAAGAGAGCUGGGACCACAGUCUCAAAGAAAACCAUUAGUAACACACUAUGCCGUCAUGGAUUAAAAUCCUGCAGAGCACGCAACGUCCCCCUGCUCAAGCCAGCGCAUGUCCAGGCCCAUCUGAAGUUUGCCAAUGACCAUCUGGAUGAUCCAGAGGAGGAAUGGGAGAAGGUCAUGUGGUCUGAUGAUACAAAAAUAGAGCUUUUUGGUCUAAACUCCACUCGCCGUGUUUGGAGGAAGAAGAAGGAUGAGUACAACCCCAAGAACACCAUCCCAACCGUGAAGCAUGGAGGUGGAAACAUCAUUCUUUGGGGAUGCUUUUCUGCAAAGGGGACAGGACGACUGCACCGUAUUGAGGGGAGGAUGGAUGGGGCAAUGUAUUGUGAGAUCUUGGCCAACAACCUCCUUCCCUCAGUAAGAGCAUUGAAGAUGGGUCGUGGCUGGGUCUUCCAGCAUGACAACGACCCGAAACACACAGCCAGGGCAACUAAGGAGUGGGUCCGUAAGAAGCAUCUCAAGGUCCUGGAGAGGCCUAGCCAGUCUCCAGACCUGAACCCAAUAGAAAGUCUUUGGAGGGAGCUGAAAGUCCGUAUUGCCCAGCGACAGCCCCGAAACCUAAAGGAUCUGGAGAAGGUCUGUAUGGAGGAGUGGGCCAAAAAUCCCUGCUGCAGUGUGUGCAAACCUGGUCAAGACCUACAGGAAACGUAUGAUCUCUGUAAUUGCAAACAAAGGUUUCUGUACCAAAUAUUAAGUUCUGCUUUUCUGAUGUAUCAAAUACUUAUGUCAUGCAAUAAAAUGCAAAUUAAUUACUUAAAAAUCAUACAAUGUGAUUUUCUGGAUUUUUGUUUUAGAUUCCGUCUCUCACAGUUGAAGUGUACCUAUGAUAAAAAUUACAGACUUCUACAUGCUUUGUAAGUAGGAAAACCUGCAAAAUUGGCAGUGUAUCAAAUACUUGUUCUCCCCACUGUGUGUGUGUGUGUGUGUGUGUGUGUGUGUGUAUAUAUAUACACACACACACACACACACACACACACACACACACACACAGUGGGGGAAAAAAGUAUUUAGUCAGCCACCAGUUGUGCAAGUUCUCCCACUUAAAAAGAUGAGAGAGGCCUGUAAUUUUCAUCAUAGGUACACGUCAACUAUGACAGACAAAAUGAGGAAAAUAAAUCCAGAAAAUCACAUUGUAGGAUUUUUAAUGAAUGUAUUUGCAAAUUAUGGUGGAAAAUAAGUAUUUGGUCAAUAACAAAAGUUUCUCAAUACUUUGUUAUAUACCCUUUGUUGGCAAUGACACAGGUCAAACGUUUUCUGUAAGUCUUCACAAGGUUUUCACACACUUUUGCUGGUAUUUUGGCCCAUUCCUCCAUGCAGAUCUCCUCUAGAGCAGUGAUGUUUUAGGGCUGUCGCUGGGCAACAAAGACUUUCAACUCCCUCCAAAGAUUUUCUAUGGGGUUGAGAUCUGGAGACUGGCUAGGCCACUCCAGGACCUUGAAGUGCUUCUUACGAAGCCACUCCUUCGUUGCCCGGGCGGUGUGUUUGGGAUCAUUGUCAUGCUGAAAGACCCAGCCACGUUUCAUCUUCAAUGCCCUUGCUGAUGGAAGGAGAUUUUCACUCAAAAUCUCACGAUACAUGGCCCCAUUCAUUCUUUCCUUUACACGGAUCAGUCGUCCUGGUCCCUUUGCAGAAAAACAGCCCCAAAGCAUGAUGUUUCCACCCCCAUGCUUCACAGUAGGUAUGCUGUUCUUUGGAUGCAACUCAGCAUUCUUUGUCCUCCAAACACGACGAGUUGAGUUUUUACCAAAAAGUUAUAUUUUGGUUUCAUCUGACCAUAUGACAUUCUCCCAAUCCUCUUCUGGAUCAUCCAAAUGCACUCUAGCAAACUUCAGAUGGGCCUGGACAUGUAAUGGCUUAAGCAGGGGGACACGUCUUGCACUGCAGGAUUUGAGUCCCUGGCGGCGUACUGUGUUACUGAUGGUAGGCUUUGUUACUUUGGUCCCAGCUCUCUGCAGGUCAUUCACUAGGUCCCCCCGUGUGGUUCUGGGAUUUUUGCUCACCGUUCUUGUGAUCAUUUUGACCCCACGGGGUGAGAUCUUGCGUGGAGCCCCAGAUUGAGGGAGAUUAUCGGUGGUCUUGUAUGUCUUCCAUUUCCUAAUAAUUCCUCCCACAGUUGAUUUCUUCAAACCAAGCUGCUUACCUAUUGCAGAUUCAGUCUUCCCAGCCUGGUGCAGGUCUACAAUUUUGUUUCUGGUGUCCUUUGACAGCUCUUUGGUCUUGGCCAUAGUGGAGUUUGGAGUGUGACUGUUUGAGGUUGUGGACAGGUGUCUUUUAUACUGAUAACAAGUUCAAACAGGUGCCAUUAAUACAGGUAACGAGUGGAGGACAGAGGAGCCUCUUAAAGAAGAAGUUACAGGUCUGUGAGAGCCAGAAAUCUUGCUUGUUUGUAGGUGACCAAAUACUUAUUUUCCACCAUUUGCAAAUAAAUUCAUUAAAAAUCCUACAAUGUGAUUUUCUGGAUUUUUUUUCUCAAUUUGUCUGUCACAGUUGACGUGUACCUAUGAUGAAAAUUACAGGCCUCUCAUCUUUUUAAGUGGGAGAACUUGCACAAUUGGUGGCUUACUAAAUACUUUUUCCCCCCACUGUGUGUGUGUGUAUAUAUAUAUAUAUAUAUAUAAAUAUAUAUAUAUAAAUGUGUGUGUGUGUGUGUGUGUGUGUAUAUAUAUGAAUGCAUUUCAAUUAACAGGUGUGCCUUCUUAAAAGUUAAUUUGUGGAAUUUCUUUCCUUCUUAAUGCUUUUGAGCCAAUCAGUUGUGUUGUGACAAGGUAGGGGGGGGGGGUAUACAGAAGAGAGCCCUAUUUGGUAAAAUAACAAGUCCAUAUUAUGGCAAGAACGGCUCAAAUAAGCAAAGAGAAACAACAGUCCAUCAUUACUAUAAGACAUGGUCAGUCAAUACGGUAAAUCUCAAGAACUUAGAAAGUUUCUUCAAGUGCAGUCGUAAAAACCAUCAAGCGCGAUGAUGAACCUGGCUCUCAUAAGGACCACCACAGGAAUGGAAAACCCAGAGUUACCUCUGCUGCAUUUUGUUACGACCUGAAUUUAAAAUGGAUUACAUUGAGAUUUUGAGCCACUGAUUUACACACAAUACCCCACAAUGUAAAAAAUCUAACAUUUUGUUUUUAGAAUUUUUUUGAAAUAAAUUCAAAGCUGAAAUGUCCUAAGUCAAUAAGUAUCCAACCACUUUUAUGGCAAGCCUAAAUAUGUUCAGGAGAGACAUUCACCUUUCAGCAGGACAAUAACCUAAAACACAAGGCCAAAUAUACACAUUGAAUGUUCCUUAGGGGCCUAGUUACAGUUUUGACUUAUAGUGCAUUCGGAAAGUAUUCAGACCCAGUGACUUUUUCCACGUUUUGUUACGUUACAGCCUUAUCCUAAAAUUGAUUAAAUAUUUUUUUACCACAUCAAUCUACACAUUACCCCAUACUAGGUAAAAAAUCUGUCGAUGUGCCCUUGAGCAAGGCACUUAACCCUAAUUGCUCCUGUAAGUCGCUCUGGAUAAGAGCGUCUGCUAAAUGACUAAAAAUGUAAAUGUAAUAAUGACAAAGCAAAAACAGGUUUUUAAAAAUUAUUGCAAAUGUAUUACAAAUAAACUGAAAUAUCACAUUUACAUAAGUAUUCAGACCCUUUACUGUACUUUGUUGAAGCACCUUUGGCAGCGAUUACAGCCUCGAGUCUUCUUGGGUAUGACGCUACAAAUUUGGCACACUUGUAUUUGGAGUUUCUCCCAUUCUUCUCUGCAGAUCCUCUCAAGCUCAGGUUGGAUGGGGAGCGUCGCUACACAGCUGUUUUUUGGUCUCUCCCGAGAUGUUAGAUCGGGAUCAAAUCCGGGCCCUGGCUGGGCCACUCAAGGACAUUCAGAGACUUGUCCCGAAGCCACUCCUGUGUUGUCUUGGCUGUGUGCUUAGGGCUGUUGUCUUGUUGGAAGGUGAACCUUCGCCCAGUCUGAGGUCCUGAGCAAUCUGGAGCAGGUUUUCAUCAAGGAUCUCUCUGUACUUUGCUCCGUUCAUCUUUGCCUCGAUCCUGACUAGUCUCCCAGUCCCUGCCGCUGAAAAACAUCCCCACAGCAUGAUGCUGCCACCACCAUGCUUCACCGUAGGGAUGGUGCCAGGUUUCCUCCAGACGUGACACUUGGCAUUCAGGCCAAAGAGUUCAAUCUUGGUUUCAUCAGACCAGAGAAUCUUGUUUCUCAUGGUCUGAGAGUCCUUUAGGUGCCUUUUGGCAAACUCCAAGCGGGCUCUCAUGUGCCUUUUACUGAGGAGUGGCUUCCGCUUGGCCACUACCAUAAAGGCCUGAUUGGCGGAGUGCCGUAGCGAUGGUUGUCCUUCUGGAAGGUUCUCCCAUCUCUCCAGAGGAACUUCUCCUCCGAUUGCUCAGUUUGUCCAGGCGGCCAGCUCUAGGAAGAGUCUUGGUGGUUCCAAACUUCUUCCAUUUAAGAAUGAUGGAGGCCACUCUGUUCUUGGGGACCUUCAAUGCUGUUUUUUUGUACCCUUCCACAGAUCUGUGCCUCGUCACAAUCCUGUCUCGCAGCUCUACGGACAAUUCCUUUAACCUCAUGGCUUGGUUUUUGCUCUGACAUGCACUGUCAGCUGUGGGACCUUACAUGGACAGGUGUGUGCCUUUCCAAAUCAUGUCCAGUCAAUUGAAUUUACCACAUGUGGACUCCAAGUUGUAGAAACAUCUCAAGGAUGAACAAUGGAAACGAGAUGCACCUGAGCUCAAUUUCGAGUCUCAUAGCAAAGGGUCUGAAUACUUAUGUAAAUAAGGUAUUUCGGUUGUUGUUUUUUUAUACAUUUGCACAAAUUUCUAAAAACCUGUUUUCGCUUUGUCAUUAUGGGGUAUUGUGUGUAGAUUGAGGAAAAGGGAAGGGGUCUGAAUACUUUCUGAAUGUGCUAUAAAUCGGCUUGAAAAUGUAUACCAAGACUUGAAAAUGGCUGUCUAACAAUGAUCAACAACCAACUUGACAGCACUUGAAGAGUUUAAAAAAGAUUAACAGGCAAAUAUUGUGCAAUCCAUGUGUGCAACACUAUAAGAUACUUUUUCCCAAAAGACGCACAGCUGUAAUCGAUGCCAAAGGUGAUUUUAACUUGUAUUGACUCAGGGGGUUGAAUACUUAUCAAGAUAUUAGUGUUUUUAUUUGGAAAAUACAUUGGAAUAUUUGGUGGAGAUGGUAAAAAGACCCAAGACAAAUCAAUUUUAAUCCCCAAUUUGUAACACAACAAAAUCUUGAAAAAGUCAAGGGGUGUGAAUACUUUCAGCACAACUUUUGGAUUUCACCCCCAUCUCAAUAUCGAAUGGUUUUGAAUGUUUUUACAUUUUUACGGCGUGAUCUUCUUCUCUCGCUCCGGCCAUGCAGUGCGCCUCACAAAAGUGAUUGCUGUCCUCGUUAUGAAAUUAUCAAGGUUACCCUGUAUAUCUAAAAAUGACCAUAUACACUAUUUGUUUAAAGCAAAUCUACCAAAACUAUUGCUAACGGUGAACCUGAACAAUCAAAAUAAAAUCAAUUGUAAGGCUCGUUCAGCAAUUAUAGCCAGAUGAGAGUUGUCUCCGGUAUCUUACUUUUCUAACAGCGCAUAGAUAGCAAUAACCUAACAAAUUGCAUAGGUUUUAGCUCUACUAAUAAAGCCUAGUAUCACGCAAGCCAUUUUAGAAUUUGAAUGCUGAAGGAGCCCAGCAGAUGUGCAAGAUCAGGAACAGGCCGCCUACCUCGCGUUGGUCAGCACGCGAAGCUGGGCACAGCACGCAGUUUGACUAGGCUAUUGCCUGGGGUUGUUCGGCAUACAAAAUUACUUGUAGAUUUAUGACUGUCAACACAGUUACAUGCAGUUUGACACUAAAGGAGAGGAAGCAUCAGUUGUUACAGAAGAUGAGGUAUUUUCCUAAGGUAUAAAGAAUUUAAUAUAAGCACCCAAAAAAUGUGAACAGGUGCAAGACCGCGGAACGAUGCACAUGUAUCUUAAACAUUUGAAUCUGGGACCGAUGCGUAUCUGUGAAUCGUUACACAAACAACUAUAAAAACGGUAGGAAUGUAUUUCAUAUGCAUGCAUGUUCUGUCAUGUAAGCAGAGAGAUCAAAGCUGUGUUGCUCCUGAUCUCCCCAGUCUCUCUUGCAUGCUAAACCAGGAGAGAGGACACCGCCUGGCAUUUGCUCUGCUAAUUGAUUUACAGAAACGUUCACUGCCAUUGACGCCCCCAAACACCGUAUUUGAUCUUGGCUAGUGAAUGUUGUUUCAAAGUCUGAUUUAGACAAUUUAGAUGAGCCCUACCUUUUAUAGAGUUUGACCUUUCAUUGGAAUUAAGUUGAAAUGUCAGUCCUGAGUUGAACCCUUUGUUUACUUCAUCACCUCCAAUGCUCUACACUUGUCAGAGUGGACGCUCUAGCCAACAACAGAUCCUCUCAAUGUAGAACUGGCAACUGUUCAGCCCCCUCUGUCUGCCCCUCUCUCUCAUAUUGAAUGGCACUGGAGGAAGUUGUUUGAAUGUGAACUCUCCCAUGCUGUUGUAAAAUCGACCUGUACGUCACCUGGCUGCAGUGGGACAGGUACUUGAGAUAAUAGAUUGAGUAGGCUCUGCUAAAAAGCGAAGUAAUUUGCGAUAGCAGGCUCUCAUCAACAGUGUUUGGGAUGUAGAUGAGUCUCUCCUCUAACUCAUACAUCCAUUCUGCUAAACACUGCUCAUCUCCCUGACUAAUACAAUACAAUAGCGGCACCAGGUGAGUGGAGCUGCCUGUUACAUAAGACCAUGUGAGAACUGUGAAUGGAUUGAGAGGUUCAUAUAAAAUGAGUCUCUCUGUGUGUGGGUGAGUGAAAGGGGGGUUGUGUGAUUGCUAGGACAUGGGAAUUGCAUAUGGGAAUAGAAUAGGGUUACAGUGAAAUCAGAAUACAGUGGCCUCAAAAACCCGAUGUCCCCUCAGGCUCUUUGGAUCCACAACCCUUUCCCACGACUUCCUUCCUCUUGUCAUCCGGACCCGGCCUCCUCACAGAUUGGCUAUUCUCCUUCUGCUUCACCCAAUUCAUGGCCCUGUCCUUUCCCCUUUUACUCUUCUUGUCUUGCUCUCUCUGUCACCCAGAUUUCUAGAAAAUGACUUUUCUUUCUCUCUGCCUCAAAGGAAAGGUUGGAGGGGGUUUUUCCCACUCCUGCCACCGCACUCAGGAAGUGGAAUGAAGGGCUUUAGUUAACCCCUCACGCUCCAUUUUCAGAGUAACAGGAGUAACUACAUACCAUAAAGGCAGAGUACGUGGACCUUUGUGCGGUGAGUAAGGAGAGGAGUUGAUACAUGACUUGAAUGCUAUGUAGCUAAGUGCCAUGUUUAAAGUAGCAUCUGCUUUAUAUCCUGGCCCAGAGUCCUCAGAGCUGCCAAAGAGGAAUCUUAAGUCUUGUCAAGGGUAAGGGUUUAAACAGAGUUCUGUGUACAAUAUGCAGUGUUUGUACGUCGGUGACCGCUCGUGUGUUUGUGUUAUCUCGUGAAUAUCCCACCUUUUGGCUUUAUGUAAGCAGAGUGCACAACGUGCCAUGUUCAAGCCUUCCUCCUACCCACCACAUCUCUCCCCUCCGAAGAGUGAGUCAGAGCUGACAGGCUGGGCUGGAGCCGCUGUCUCCACCGUCUGGAUCCCAGUGACCUUGGAAGUCUACCGGCAAGACGACACCCACCUACCUACCUUCCACUUGCUUACUCACAUACUGUAAAUGUUUUAUUCAUUUGUUUACUUGUCAAAGACCACGCACAGUUUUGUUUGCGGCACACACCGAAAUGUUCAGUCCAUCUCUUACACACUCUGAUUUGCUGCUCAUCUGCAAACAGUCAAACCAAUCAGUGCCGUCAUGUCAAAUCUCAAACGCUACACCUGCCUUCCUUUAGAAUGCAUCAAUGAUCCGGUAUCUCCCAACUGUUAGACCAAAAUAAACACGUUUUCCAUGACUGCGUGGUUUUCAUGUAAGUUGCUCAAAAUAGUCUGUCCCCAACAUUUUGUCCCCCAAAAAUGUGUGCGUGUCUGCCAUGGUAUGGGCUGCCUCCUGGUGUCAUUUGGGGUCAUACCUGACUGCAAACCAUGUGAUCAGGGUUCCUUCUCUUCCACUGAGAUUGUGACAGUGAUGGGUUGGCGACAGGAUGCUACCGACCCCUCAGAGACUAUAAACACGUAGUGAUGGUGUUAACAAGGGUGGAGGGGAUGACCUGAAUAUGAGCUGUGGCGCGUGCCAGAAACCUUAGACUGCCUUCACCACCACACACCACCUCAGCUGUGGCUUUCACUUUAACCGCCUGGCUUCAACCCCCCCUAAGAGGGAGAGGGCAACCAUGCAUUCACCAGGGACGUGAGAGCGGGAGCCUGGGCUAAGCAGCUGUCAAGCCUAGGUUUAGCUUCCAGUGUUACUGCUAACAGUAGCUUACAGUGGCAUUCUCAGGGACUCUGCGAAAGGUUGCCUGCUAGAUAGAUUCCCACCCUCUUCUCCUCCCUCGUUGUUCUAUUCACCUACAGUUGGCUAUCAGUAACAGGGAUUCUGUGUUGUAACACGUUGGAACAGCAGCAGUUCUUCAUCUUUCACCAGCUCUCCUUCCAGGACAUGUUUUUCUUCCAGCCGAGCUGACUACCAUCACCUCCCACCAUGCCAUGGCAAUAACCCUGACCCCCCUGUAUAUAGGAAAAACAAGCGUGGCCUUUCUCUCUGUCUCUGUGUGGCUGGCAGUGUGCUUGUGUGACCCAGUUUUGUAAUGUGUGUGUGUGUGAGUUGGACCACAGCAGGCUCUGGCUUUGUGGUCUUGUUGCCUUCUACAACAUCCCACCAUGGCAGUGCUGGUGAGGUGGUCCAAGGGGCAUAGACAGGAUCUAACAUUUACAAAGGGCAAGAUUUUAUCAGAUAAAUCAUUAGCGAACCAGAUGGUUGCACUUUCCUUUCAUGUGUUUAGAGGCCAGAAUGGUCUGUCUUUUGUCCUCUCUCAAGCGAUCCGUUUAACUCUCUACCCCGUCCAUCUUUCCCUCUUCUCAUCUGCCUCUCUUCAUCCUCCCUUUUCUCAUUAUACUUUUUUCUUUCUUCUUCAUUACACAACCGACACUAAGGGGCUGCCUGAUUUUAUUAGGUCAUGGAUGUAGGUUCACACAGCAUGCUGUGUAUCUCCAGCUCUUUGUUUAUGUACCUUGGGUUUGAUGAUGGCUCCUUUCUCUUACCAUUCAUGAGAACAGCAGGUGGUUCCCUGUGGACUUUGACUGCGUGAAACGACCGGGAAACUUCAGGCCUACAUGCAACCUCGCCGGAGAACUGUAGGAGCAAAAUCAAACCUCCCUGGCCACUGAUGAGCCAGGGCUGGCGAGUGGUGUGGGUGAUUGUUUAGGCUACCUGUUUACAAGGAAUGGAGGGUGGAUAUGAACCGCUUUCUGUUGUGAUCUGUAGUAACACAUUUUACACAGCUCCACACAGGCAUUCAGGAGCACCACUGCAGUUUAGGCCAGGUUCCAUGUCACAACGUGUGCGUUUGUGAGUGUUAAAAUUUUAUUUGCUGAAGAGGAUCCCCUUUGCCAUGGCCUUCGUAGGCUGAUGGAGUGAUAACACUCAAGUACCUGUUGCCUGACAUUUGUCUUUCUCUCUCGCUCAAGGGGGUUGAUUGGAUCCUCUUUGAUGUCUGGGGAGGAAAAGGUCCCCAACCUGGAAGAGACAAUCUUCCUUUCUCAGUAAUAUGGACAGCUAAAUAAAGCCUCAUUCACCAUGCUGAUGUAGAGGGUGACCGUUGGCACGGGUUGUCAAAGCCAUAGCGACAUCCGAGGAGGCGGAGCGAUACUCGGCCCUGCACUAAAAUCAACUAUAUGCAUUUAGCUUGUCUGGUGCUUAAAGCUUACGGUUUGAUGAAAUAAGACAAAUGCCUCGAGGGCCCCAGAGAUCUAGAUAACCAGAAGAAGAAGAAAAAAAAGUUACCUGACCCAACUAUUCUCCUCCUGCUGGCUUUUGCAGAUUCUGCCCUUACUCUCCUGAAGUUGCCGAUAAUAGGCUACACGAGGAGUCGGCAACCUUUCUCAUGUGGAAUGCCAAUUUAUUUUACAGUUUCUACCGAUCUGCAUGGCAGUUAUGGUUUUCAUAUGCACAUUUUCGUGGAACAGUUUAGUUUAAUUUAUAAUAACGUCUUCAUAUCUCAAAAUCAUUGUCAUGUGGUUAAUCAAAAUUCUAUCAAUGAAAAUGAUUCAAACCUAAAAAUUGUCUUCUAUUGCCAUUGCAAACUAAUGUAAAAAAAUAGCCUACAUUUUACAUUUACAUUUUAGUCAUUUAGCAGACGCUCUUAUCCAGAGUGACUUACAGUUAGUGAGUGCAUAAAUUUUUCAUACUGGACCCCCGUGGUAAUCAAACCCACAAUCCUGGCGUUGCAAGCGCCAUGCUCUACCAACUGAGCUACAGGAGGGCCAACAAAUAAAAACAUUGCAGCCUACAGGUAGAAAAUAUCCUGAUAAAAAUAAAUAUCCUAUAAAUCACAUUGGCUACACAUGGCCUGUCUGCAACGAAGUUGAAACAUUGUAUUAACUAUUAACUUGGGUCAGGCCUGAAGCUUGCACUAGUGAACUUGCAACAUUGUAUAAAAUAUUCUGGGCCCUCAGUUUCCCUCACCAGUGAGCUCAGGACAGACACAGCUGUAGGCUAUUUGCGCAAGGGAUAAGAAGCUUGGGCAGGAGCUCACUUGAGCUGAUUACCGGCACCUCAAAUGUUCUACUGCUUGAGCUCCUGUAUCUCUUAUAGAGUAUUAGCUCAAAAGUACACGCAUUUAGCAGAUGUUAUAGCGGUGUAGUGAAAUGCUUGUGCUUCUAGCUCCGACAGUGCAGUAAUAUCUAACAAUUACACAACAUAUACCCAAUACACACAAAACUAAUAAGGAAUGGGAUUUAAGAAUAUAUACAUGGACAAGCAAUGACAAAGCGGCAUGGACUAAGAUACAGUAGAAUAUUAUAGAAUAUAAUGCAGUAGAUACAUAUGAGAUGAGUAGUGCAAGAUAUGUAAACAUUAUUAAAGUGACUAGUGUUCCAUUUCUUAAAGUGGCCAGUGAUUUUUCAAUAGGCAGCAGCAGCCUCUAAUGUGCUAGUGAUGGCUAUUUAACAGUCUGAUGGCCUUGAGAUAGAAGCUGUUUUUCAUUCUUUCGGUCCCAGCUUUGAUGCACCUGUACUGACCUCGCCUUCUGGAUGAAGGCAGUGGCUCGGGUGGUUGAUGUCCUUGAUGAUCUUUUUGGCCUUCCUGUGACAUCGGGUGUUGUAUGUGUCUUGGAGGGCGGGUAGUUUGCCCCCGGUAAUGCGUUCGGCAGACCGCACCACCCUCUGGAGAGCACUGCGGUUGUGGGCGGUGCUGUUGCCGUACCAGCCGGUGAUACAGCCCGACAGGAUGCUCUCAAUUGUAUAAUAAUAGUAUAAUAUGCCAUUUAGCAGACGCUUUUAUCCAAAGCGACUUACAGUCAUGCGUGCAUAAUUGUUUUUUUUUUGUGUAUGGGUGGUCCCGGGGAUCGAACCCACUACCUUGGCGUUACAAGCGCCGUGCUCUACCAGCUGAGCUACAGAGGACCACUUUUGUGCAUCUGUAAAAGUUUGUGAGGGUUUUAGGUGCUAAGCCAAAUUUCUUCAGCCUCCUGAGGUUGAAGAGGCUCUGUUGCACCUUCUUCACCACACUGUCUGCGUGGGUGGACCAUUUCAGUUUGUCGGUGAUGUGUACGCCAAGGAACUUGAAGCUUUCCACCUUCUCCACUGCGGUCCCAUCCAUGUGGAUAGGGGGGUGCACCCUCUGCUGUUUCCUGAAGUACACGAUCAUCUCCUUUGUUUUGUUGAUGUUGAGUGAGAGGUUAUUUUCCUGGCACCACACUCCCAGAGCCCUCACCUCCUCCCUGUAGGAGGUCUCAUCACUGUUGGUAAUCAAGCCUACUACUGUUGUGUCGUCUGCAAACUUGAUGAUUGAGUUGGAGGCGUGCUUGGCCAUGCAGUCAUGGGUGAACAGGGAGUACAGGAGGGGGCUGAGCACGCACCCUUGUGGGGCCCCAGUGUUGAGGAUCAGCGAAGUGGAGAUGUUGUUUCUUACCUUCAACAGCUGGGGCGGCCCGUCAGGAAGUCCAGGACCCAGUUGCACCGGGCAGGGUUCAGACCCAGGGCCUUAAGCUUAAUGAUGAGCUUGGAGGGUACUAUGGUGUUGAAUGCUGAGCUAUAGUCAAUGAACAGCAUUCUUACAUAGGUAUUCCUCUUGUCCAGAUGGGAUAGGGCAGUGUGAUGGCGAUUGCAUCGUCUGUGGAUCUAUUGGGGCGGUAAGCAAAUUGAAGUGGUUCUAGGGUGGCAGGUAAGGUAGAGGUGAUAUGAUCCUUGACUAGUCUCUCAAAGCACUUCAUGAUGACAGAGGUGAGUGCUACAGGGCGAUAGUCAUUUAGUUCAGUUACCUUUUCUUUCUUGGGUACAGGAACAAUGGUGGCCAUCUUGAAGCAUGUGGGAACAGCAGACUUGGAAAGGGAGAGAUUGAAUAUGUCCAUAAACACACCAGCCAGCUGGUCUGCGCAUGCUCUGAAGACGCGGCUAGGGAUGCCGUCUGGGCCGGCAGCCUUGUGGGGGUUAACAUGCUUAAAUGUCUUAAUCACGUCGGCCACGGAGAAGGAGAGGCCACAGUCCUUGGUAGUGGGCCUCGUCAGUGGCACUGUGUUAUCCUCAAAGCGGGCGAAGAAGGUGUUUAGCUUGUCUGGAAGCAAGACGUCGGUGUCGGCGACGUGGCUGGUUUUCUUUUUGUAGUCCGUGAUUGUCUGUAGACCCUGCCACAUACGUCUCGUGUCUGAGCCAUUGAAUUGCGACUCCACUUUGUCUCUAUACUGAUGUUUUGCCAGUUUAAUUGCCUUGCAAAGUGAGUAGCUCCACUGUUUGUAUUCUGCCAUAUUCCCAGUCACCUUGCCAAAUUACAAACAUUGUAGAUUAGGAAUUAACGGUAAAUGUACUACUGGUGAUAUAUGUAAUAAAGAAUUGAUAUACACGAACAAUCAAAUGCAAAAAAUUCACACAAUUAAGUUAUGAAACAAUGAAUGUGCACAAAUUGGCGGGAGAGAGAGUAUUCUACAGAGAGAAGUACACUUUGCAUCUGUGCGCAUGGUCAAUCCGACUUCUGCAUUGGCCAUCAGCAUUUAUGGUGAUAUAGCCUCAGCAGAAGUCAGUGCAUUCAUACUUCUUGCGCUUUGCAGAACAGUGUAGAGCUGUUGUCAAGGAAGUUGUCAAGUUGUCAAACAAAUUAUUUAAAUUCCGAGCUAUACAGAGCCCUCCGUAUUGUUACAAAAUGUGGGAGGAGCAUGGUGAUGCGUUACAGAGUUUGAUUUGGCCUCUGCAUGCUUCUGGAGGCUCCGCAAUUGCAUCACACCCUUUUAGUCUAGGGCGCCGCAAUGGAUUAGUUCACGGAGAUGGGUGCAAAUAUACACUACUGUUCAAAGGUUUGGGGUCACUUAGACAUUUCCUUGUUUUCCAUGAAAACAUACAGUGGGGAGAACAAGUAUUUGAUACACUGCCGAUUUUGCAGGUUUUCCUACUUACAAAGCAUGUAGAGGUCUGUAAUUUUUAUCAUAGGUACACUUCAACUGUGAGAGAUGGAAUCUGGGGCUCCAUGCAAGAUCUCACCUCGUGGGGCAUCAAUGAUCAUGAGGAAGGUGAGGGAUCAGCCCAGAACUACACGGCAGGACCUGGUCAAUGACCUGAAGAGAGCUGGGACCACAGUCUCAAAGAAAACCAUUAGUAACACACUACGCCGUCAUGGAUUAAAAUCCUGCAGCGAACGCAAGGUCUCCCUGCUCAAGCCAGCGCAUGUCCAGGCCCGUCUGAAGUUUGCCAAUGACCAUCUGGAUGAUCCAGAGGAGGAAUGGGAGAAGGUCAUGUGGUCUGAUGAGACAAAAAUAGAGCUUUUUGGUCUAAACUCCACUCGCUGUGUUUGGAGGAAGAAGAAGGAUGAGUACAACCCCAAGAACACCAUCCUAACCAUGAAGCAUGGAGGUGGAAACAUCAUUCUUUGGGGAUGCUUUUCUGCAAAGCGGACAGGACGACUGCACCGUAUUGAGGGGAGGAUGGAUGGGGCCAUGUAUCAUGAGAUCUUGGCCAACAACCUCCUUCCCUCAGUAAGAGCAUUGAAGAUGGGUCGUGGCUGGGUCUUCCAGCAUGACAACGACCCGAAACACACAGCCAGGGCAACUAAGGAGUGGCUCCGUAAGAAGCAUCUCAAGGUUCUGGAGUGGCCUAGCCAGUCUCCAGACCUGAACCCAAUAGAAAAUCUUUGGAGGGAGCUGAAAGUCCGUAUUGCCCAGCGGCAGCCCCGAAACCUGAAGGAUCUAGAGGUCUGUAUGGAGGAGUGGGCCAAAAUCCCUGCUGCAGUGCGUGCAAACCUGGUCAAGUCCUACAGGAAAUGUAUGAUCUCUGUAAUUGCAAACAAAGGUUUCUGUACCAAAUAUUAAGAUCUGCUUUUCUGAUGUAUCAAAUACUUAUGUCAUGCAAUAAAAUGCAAAUUAAUUACUUAAAAAUCAUACAAUGUGAUUUUCUGGGUUUUUGUUUUAGAUUCCGUCUCUCACAGUUGAAGUGUACCUAUGAUAAAAUUUACAGACCUCUACAUGCUUUGUAAGUAGGAAAACUUGCAAAAUCGGCAGUGUAUCAAAUACUUGUUCUCCCCACUGUACAUACAUACAUACAUACAUACAUACAGUGAGGGGAAAAAAGUAUUUGAUCUCCUGCUGAUUUUGUACGUUUGCCCACUGACAAAGACAUGAUCAGUCUAUAAUUUUAAUGGUAGGUUUAUUUGAACGGUGAUAGACAGAAUAACAACAAAAAAAUCCAGAAAAACGCAUGUCAAAAAUGUUAUGAAUUGAUUUGCAUUUUAAUGAGGAAAAUAAGUAUUUGACCCCUCUGCAAAACAUGACUUAGUACUUGGUGAUAAAACCCUUGUUGGCAAUCACAGAGGUCAGACGUUUCUUGUAGUUGGCCACCAGGUUUGCACACAUCUCAGGAAGGAUUUUGUUCCACUCCUCUUUGCAGAUCUUCUCCAAGUCAUUAAGGUUUCGAGGCUGACGUUUGGCAACUCGAACCUUCUGCUCCCUCCAGAUUUUCUAUGGGAUUAAGGUCUGGAGACUGGCUAGGCCACUCCAAGACCUUAAUGUGCUUCUUCUUGAGCCACUCCUUUGUUGCCUUGGCCGUGUGUUUUGGGUCAUUGUCAAGCUGGAAUACCCAUCCACGACCCGUUUUCAAUGCCCUAGCUGAGGGAAGGAGGUUCUCAACCAAGAUUUGAUGGUACAUGGCCCCAUCCAUCGUCCCUUUGAUGCGGUGAAGUUGUCCUGUCCCCUUAGCAGAAAAACACCCCCAAAGCAUAAUGUUUCCACCUCCAUGUUUGACGGUGGGGAUGGUGUUCUUUGGGGUCAUAGGCAGCAUUCCUCCUCCUCCAAACAUGGCGAGUUGAGUUGAUGCCAAAGAGCUCCAUUUUGGUCUCAUCUGACCACAACACUUUCACCCAGUUCUCCUCUGAAUCAUUCAGAUGUUCAUUGGCAAACUUCAGACGUGCAUGUAUAUGUUCUUUCUUGAGCAGGGGGACCUUGCGGGCGCUGCAGGAUUUCAGUCCUUCACGGCGUAGUGUUACCAAUUGUUUUCUUGGUGACUAUGGUCCCAACUGCCUUGAGAUCAUUGACAAGAUCCUCCUGUGUAGUUCUGGGCUGAUUCCUCACUGUUCUCAUGAUCAUUGCAACUCCACGAUGUGAGAUCUUGCAUGGAGCCCCAGGCCGAGGGAGAUUGACAGUUAUUUUGUGUUUCUUCCAUUUGCGAAUAAUCGCACCAACUGUUGUCACCUUCUCACCAAGCUGCUUGGCGAUGGUCUUGUAGCCCAUUCCAGCCGUGUUUAGGUCUACAAUCUUGUCCCUGACAUCCUUGGAGAGCUCUUUGGUCUUGGCCAUGGUGGAGAGUUUGGAAUCUGAUUGAUUGCUUCUGUGGACAGGUGUCUUUUAUACAGGUAACAAGCUGAGAUUAGGAGCACUCCCUUUAAGAGUGUGCUCCUAAUGUCAGCUCAUUACCUGUAUAAAAGACACCUGGGAGCCAGAAAUCUUUCUGAUUGAGAGGGGGUCAAAUACUUUUUUCCCUCAUUAAAAUGCAAAUCAAUUUAUAACAUUUUUGACAUGCAUUUUUCUGGAUUUUUUUGUUGUUAUUCUGUCUCUCAAUGUUCAAAUAAACCUACCAUUAAAAUUAUAGACUGAUCAUUUCUUUGUCAGUGGGCAAACAUACAAAAUCAGCAGGGGAUCAAAUACUUUUUUCCCUCACUGUAUAUGUAUAUAUAUAUAUAUGUGUGUGUGUGUGUAUGUAUGUGUGUGUAUAUAUAUCUAUGUAUAUAUGUAUAUAUACACUGCUCAAAAAAAUAAAGGGAACACUUAAACAACACAAUGUAACUCCAAGUGAAUCACACUUCUGUGAAAUCAAACUGUCCACUUAGGAAGCAACACUGAUAGACAAUACAUUUCACAUGCUGUUUUGCAAAUGGAAUAGACAACAGGUGGAAAUUAUAGGCAAUUAGCAAGACACCCCCAAUAAAGGACUGGUUUUGCAGGUGGUGACCACAGACCACUUCUCAGUUCCUAUGCUUCCUGGCUGAUGUUUUGGUCACUUUUGAAUGCUGGCGGUGCUUUCACUCUAGUGGUAGCAUGAGACGGAGUCUACAACCCACACAAGUGGCUCAGGUAGUGCAGCUCAUCCAGGAUGGCACAUCAAUGCGAGCUGUGGCAAGAAGGUUUGCUGUGUCUGUCAGCGUAGUGUCCAGAGCAUGGAGGCGCUACCAGGAGACAGGCCAGUACAUCAGGAGACGUGGAGGAGGCCGUAGGAGGGCAACAACCCAGCAGCAGGACUGCUACCUCCGCCUUUGUGCAAGGAGGAGCAGGAGGAGCACUGCCAGAGCCCUGCAAAAUGACCUCCAGCAGGCCACAAAUGUGCAUGUGUCUGCUCAAACGGUCAGUAACAGACUCCAUGAGGGUGGUAUAAGGCCCCGACGUCCACAGGUGGGGGUUGUGCUUACAGCCCAACACCGUGCAGGACGUUUGGCAUUUGCCAGAGAACACCAAGAUUGGCAAAUUCGCCACUGGCGCCCUGUGCUCUUCACAGAUGAAAGCAGGUUCACACUGAGCGCGUGACAGACGUGACAGAGUCUGGAGAUGCCGUGGAGAACGUUCUGCUGCCUGCAACAUCCUCCAGCAUGACCGGUUUGGCGGUGGGCCAGUCAUGGUGUGGGGUGGCAUUUCUUUGGGGGGCCGCACAGCCCUCCAUGUGCUCGCCAGAGGUAGCCCGACUGCCAUUAGGUACCGAGAUGAGAUCCUCAGACCCCUUGUGAGACCAUAUGCUGGUGCGGUUGGCCCUGGGUUCCUCCUAAUGCAAGACAAUGCUAGACCUCAUGUGGCUGGAGUGUGUCAGCAGUUCCUGCAAGAAGAAGGCAUUGAUGCUAUGGACUGGCCCGCCCGUUCCCCAGACCUGAAUCCAAUUGAGCACAUCUGGGACAUCAUGUCUUACUCCAUCCACCAUUAUUAUUAUUAAUAAAUGCCCUUCAUUUCUUUCAUUGAGACUUGGUUUUUAGAUUCACCAUUGAUAGCACCGAUCCUACUCAUGUCAAAUAAAUGCUGUUAGGCUACUUGAUGAGCAACUUGUCGAAUUAAGACCUAUUUUUACAGGCACUCUGCUCUCAUUGUCUUCAAAAGUAGGUUACCCUACUCCAUGACCCUCUUGUGUAUUGGGAAUGUGGUUCACUAUUAGCUAGUUUAGGGGCAUUUUGACAGUGACAGUUUUUUGCACUAGCACUACACAGCUGAUUCAAAUAAGGACAUCAAUCUUUGAUUAUUUGAAUCAGCUGUGUAGUGCUAGGGCAAUAACCAAAACGUGCACCCCUUGUGAUCCCCGGGACCAAGUUUGGCAUAUGCUGUUUUAGAGAAUUUGGCAGUAUGUCCAACUGGCCUCACAACCACAGACCACUUGUAAGUCAUCGUGUGGGCGAGAGGUUUGUUAAUGCCAAUGUUGUGAACCGAGUGCCCCAUUGUGGCUGUGGGGUGAUGGUAUGGGCAGGCAUAAGGUACGGACAACGGACACAAUUGCAUUUUAUCUGUAGCAAUUUGAAUGCACAGAGAUACCAUGACGAGAUCCUGAGGCCCUUUGUCAUGCCUUUCAUUCACUGCCCUCGCCUCAUGUUUCAGGAUCGUAAUGCACGGCCCCAUGUCACAAGGAUCUGUACACAAUUCCUGGAAGCUGAAAAUGUCCCAUACUCACCAGACAUGUCACGCAUUGAGCAUGUUUGGGAUGCUCUGGAUUUAUGUGUACGACAGCGUGUUCCAGUUCCCGCCAAUAGCCAGCAACUUCGCACAGCCAUUGAAGAGGAGUGGGACAACAUUCCACAGGCCACAAUCAACAGCCUGAUCAACUCUAUGCGAAGGAGAUGUCGCACUGCAUGAGGCAAAUGGUGGUCACACCAGAUGCUUACUGGUUUUCUGAUCCACGUCACUACCUUUUUUAAAGGUAUCUUUGACCAACAGAUGCAUAUCUGUAUUCCCAGUCAUGUGAAAUCUAUAGAUUAGGGCCUAAUGAAUUUUUCAAUUGACUGAUUAACUUUGUAAAAUCUUUGAAAUUGCUGCAUGUUGCGUUUCAUUUUUGUUCAGUUUGUAGCCUGGCAGGUUGUAAUGAAGUUUUGACAGCCACCAGGGAUGAAGGCGAUAGCGCUCCAUUCCUAACUUUACAGCUGGAGUUGGCACAGUUAUUAAGGCUGGGGUUUUAUCAGAAUGUUUGGAGGGAUAAAGCUAGAAAUAAGUAGCUGCUCUUCCAGUGUUUAAUGUAGUCCCUAGCCUCUUGUCCCUAUGGUGGCGCUAGUAUGAUUAUGCAGAGCAUAGUGAGUAUAUUGUGUAUAGAGAGAGUGUGCUGGCUAGGUGGCCUCCCCUGUUCCAUGAGGGCCAUAGCAGAGACUCUUGCCCAGCAGCGUUCACAACUAAACCCCCACUGUAGAACUGAUCAAAAUAGUUUUCCCAUUUUUGGACGUGCUUUUUUCAGGUCUCAAGCAAUUCGUCUCUCUCCUCCCCCCCCCCCCCCCGUCUAGCACUGAGGAGGCCCAAGGGUCUGUUUACAUGUCUGUCAAAACUCUGUCCUUUGGAGAAGGAAUUAAUCAGGGGCUCUUGUUUGUACAGUAGGCCAUCUUUUUUUUUGUCUGGCUACAUAAAGUAGUUCAUAUAUACUAGUUUAUAUACUGUAAAACUACAUCAAAAGAACAAGCCAUUUUACAUUCUGCUUUCUUAAUCAACCACCCUGCCUAAAGCAAUUUAUCAAUAUAAUUUGGAAUCCCUGCGUGUUGUUCUUUCAGACCGACAGUAGGAUACGCUGAUACCCUCUUCUCAGCCGUAGCUAAUAAAUGUCAAGAUCCUUUAAUGAGCUCUUGGGACUGUCCCUUUCAGUGGUGCGAAGAGUAUUUUGGAAUUUAUGUUGUACUUUUGUUUUACUGGCAAUUACCAAAGCCCUAUGUUAGUGGAAAGAAUGAGCUACCUUCUAUUUUUGUCCCCCGCACUAGUUCAGUGGAACAUUAAUAUUGUUUUACAUAUCAUUUUCUCUCAGCUGUUAUCCAGCAAAUGUUUAAUUUGUCACUAGUCUACAUUCUGCACAUAUGAGUGAGCCAGUGGUUUCACGUGUGUGUCUGGAGAAUUGGACAUGCCCUGUGAACAUCAGUAGUGUUGUGACCCUCUUGCUCAUGAAAUAACUUGAGUUUGAUAAAGCCGUUCUGUCUUCAAAGGUUUGUACUGCACCAAAAUGUUUAACAUCUCUUGACUCAAUUAUGCCUUCAAAAUGUCAAAUUGCCCCAUCCUCAUGCACCUUAUGCCUAAUUUGUUUAGAUGUCUUGUGCUUAAUCUGUGAACUACAGGUUAGAAUGUAAUCCAUUCACUAAAGGUAUCCUCCUUCAGUAUAAUCCACUCAACUCAGCCCUGCUCUAGUUGUACUUAAAGGAAAGGUUCACCCAUUUUGAAUGUUAUAUUGUUUUUGUGCAUCUACGAUGUUCUAUCAAUUCCCUGGGUCAUUUCAUGUUUUAACGUGUAUCUGAGUUAUUGCCUUUCAAGCAGGCAGAAAUCCGGCCGGUAUGACGUAGCACUGUGAUAAAGUCGCUAGCACUACACUGAAAGGUAAUAGGAAUAUUACUUUUAGUUUGCAAAAACGGCUAUCAUACAUGUCCGAUUUCAAUACUGGCCGAUGUCAUAACUUGGGAGGAUGUUUUCUCUCGAAUGAGCCAUUGAUCAUAUUUUUGCGAUAUUCCUACCUCGAGAAAUUUGUAAUUUAACGGAGGGUCUAGCACAUUUUUCCUAUUUGUCUGCCUCUUCUGUCCAGGGUGCAUUGCAUGGUGCCGUUGCUAGAGAUAUUAUAGGAAACGUAUAACGCCUCACCUAGCAGACUGUCGUCUAAUCAUGUUCACGUUGUUAUGCUGCGUCACGCGGUUGCUAAGCUAACCGUCACGCAAUCCCUUCUCAAAGUCAAGUGUAUACAGUUGAAGUCGGAAGUUUACAUACACCUUAGCCAAAUACAUUUAAACUCAGUUUUUCACAAUUCCUGACAUGUAAUCCUAGUAAAGGUUCCCUGUCUUAGGUCAGUUAGGAUCACCACUUUAUUUUAAGAAUGUGAAAUGUCAGAGUAAUAGAAUGAUUUGUUUCAACUUUUAUUUCUUUCAUCACAUUCCCAGUGGGUCAGAAGUUUACAUACACUCAAUGAGUAUUUGGUAGCACUGCCUUUAAAUUGUUUCACUUGGUCAAAAGUUUCGGGUAGCCUUCCACAAGCUUCCCACAAUAAGUUGGGAAUUUUGGCACAUUCCUCCUGACAGAGCUGGUGUAACUGAGUCAGGUUUGUAGGCCUCCUUGCUCACACACACUUUUUCAGUUCUACCCACACAUUUUCUAAGCUGUUUAAAGGCACAGUCAACUUAGUGUAUGUGAACUUCUGACCCACUGGAAUUGUGAUUUUAUUUUAUUUUUUAUUUCACCUUUAUUUAACCAGGUAAGCCAGUUGAGAACAAGUUCUCAUUUACAACUGCGACCUGGCCAAGAUAAAGCAAAGCAGUGCGAUUAAAAACAACAACACAGAGUUACAUAUGGGUUAAACAAAACAUUAAGUCAAAAAUACAAACAGAAAAUAUAUAUACAGUGUGUGCGAAUGUAGUAAGUUAUGGAGGUAAGGCAAUAAAUAGGCCAUCGUGCAAAAUAGUUACAAUUUCGUAUUAACACUAGAAUGAUAGAUGUGCAAAAGAUGAUGUGCAAAUAGAGAUACUGGGGUGCAAAUUAGCAAAAUAAAUAACAAUAUGGGGAUGAGGUAGUUGGGUGGGCUAAUUUCAGAAUGGCUGUGUACAGGUGCAGUGAUACAGUGAAUUAUAAGUGAAAUAAUCUGUCUGUAAACAAUUUUUGGAAACAUUACUUGUGUCAUGCACAAAGUAGAUGUCCUAACCGACUUGCCAAAACUAUAGUUUGUUAACAAGAAAUUUGUGGAGUGGUUGAAAAAUGGUUUUAAUGACUCCAAUCUAAGUGUAUGUAAACUUCCGACUUCAACUGUAUGUCGAGAAACGUGCCUGUUUUCCUAGAAAGUGCGUAAUGUCAAGAUUCCAAAGCUAUACGAUAUUACAGAUGGCAAGUUAAUUUUCUCACAUCUCAGAAAAUAUUUUCAAUGUUUUACUUCUUGUUAACGCCCAGAAUACACCGCACAGCCCAUUUGACUAGCAUGGGCAACGUUUCCCAUCUCCUCAAAAGUAUAUCUGCUGUUGCGAAUGCCAGACUCCACUCUGAGGCACAUCGAUCAGCAGGUUGAAAUAGUGAGAAUGUAGACUCCUAAAUUGAUUUUACAGGCAAUUUUACAGCUAACUAGCUACUUUACAUGCUGAUAUUGUCUUUGGUAUUAUUGUGUGUAGCGAUGUUUGCUUGCUAGCUAGCCAGCCAGACAGCCCAUAGAGAGAGCAUUGCAUUGUGGAUUUUGUAGUUGACUUGAGCUGCAACAGAUUUCCACAACAGUUUUCCAUGUUGAUACCAACCUUAUUAUAACACCAAAAUGAAACAUUUAUUCACAGAAAAUAUUGUUCUCACAUAUGAGUGUUAUUUAACACUGUAAAUUAAAGGAAUUAGUGGUUUUGAGUGGAUUUUUCCUUUAAUGGUCUCUCCCCCCCAUUAUGUUUGUUUUUCUCCACAGUUGGCGACAAAGUUCCUGCAGAUAUUCGACUCACAUCCAUCAAAUCCACAACCCUGAGGGUGGACCAGUCCAUUCUGACAGGUGAGAUCUAGGCCUUGGCCUCGUUUCUUUUCAACCUGCUUGUCGAACAUCUCAUUCCAAAAUCAUGGGCAUUAAUAUGUAGUUGGUCCCCCCUUUGCUGCUAUAACAGCCUCCACUGUUCUGGGAAGGCUUUCCACUAGAUGCUGGAACAUUGCUGCAGGGACUUGUUUCCUUUCAGCCGCAACAGCAUUAGUGAGGUCGGGCACUGAUGUUGGGUCGAUUAGACCUGGCUCCCAGUUGGCGUUCCAAUUCAUCCCAAACGUUUUCGAUGGGGCUGAGGUCAGGGCUCUGUGCAGGCCAGUCAAGUUCUUCCACACAUAUUUCGACAAACCAUUUCUGUUUGGUCCUCGCUUUGUGCACUGGGGCAUUGUCAUGCUGAAGCAGGGAAGGGUCUUCCCCAAACUGUUGCCACAAAGUUGGAUGCCAGAAUUGUCUAGAAUGUUAUUGUAUGCUUUAGUGUUAAGAUUUCCCUUCACUGGAACUAAGGGGCCUAGCCCGAACCAUGAGAAACAGCCCAGACAUUAUUCCUCCUCCACCAAACUUUACAGUUGGUACUAUGCAAACCACUUCACGGCUGAGCCGUUGUUGCUCCUAGACGUUUCCACUUCACAAUAACAGCACUUACAGUUGACCGGGGCAGCUCUAGCAGGGCAGAAAUUUGACGAACUGACUUGUUGGAAACGUGGCAUCCUAUGACGGUGCCACGUUGAAAGUCACUAGGCAAUUCAGUAAGGCCAUUCUACUGCCAAUGUUUUUCUAUGGAUAUUGCAUGGCUGUGUGCUCGAUUUUAUACACCUGUCAGCAAUGUUGUGGCUGAAAUAGCCGAAUCCACUAAUUUGAAGGGGUGUCCACGUACUUUUGUAUAUAUAGUGUAGUUUUAAACAUUCCUUGCCAUUGCUCCUGCAUCCAUAAAAGCACAGCAAGAACACAAUGUUACAGGCAUUUACAAUAUUAAUCUUAUUUAGGUUUGCUAUAUCUUUGUGUAGAACUUGUAUGUAGUUGCCGGUGUUUGUGAGUUGUGUUAUAUGGGCUGAUGAAUGACUCCGGGUUGAGUCACCACUUGAGAAUGACAUUGAAACAGUCAGUGUGAGAACAAGAGAAUUUCUCUCUCCGAAUGACUCCCUGAACCUUUAUUCAAGAAGAGGUCAGCAGUUCUUAGUCAAUACAGUAUAGAGAGGGAGGAGAAUGAGGAGAGGCUGACAGAGGGAGAGAGCGAUAUGGAAGCGAGAGGGAAGAGGGUUAUGAGAAGCUAGUCCUGAAACCCCGGUCUUGCUCCACUGCCUUAAUUGGUAGCGGAGUUUGUGGUAUUUCAGCUGCUUUUCCCUCUCCUCCCAUUAAUGGCUAUAAUCUGUGAAAAACAGUCUGUCUCAGCCUAUCAGAACAGUGCAGAGCUUGCUCAGCUGAUUACCCACUAGGCCUUGCAUCCCCCUGCAGUGCAGACUCAGGAGUGUGAAAGUCCCCUCGGAUGCAGCAUUUUGUAAUUGGCAGCCCUGCUCAGUCAGCUGUGAAGGCAAUUCACACCCAUCUUCCCCAAAAUGUCAACCCAUCACCACAUUGCUCUGUGUAAGGGCGGCGUUGUUUGAUCGUCCUCAUCCCUCUCUUUCUCUCCUCCUGCAGGGGAGUCUGUCUCUGUGAUCAAACACACUGACCCGGUACCUGACCCCCGGGCUGUAAACCAGGACAAGAAGAACAUGCUCUUCUGUGUGAGUAUCUAGAAAACCAUUAAAGACCUCUCUCCCCCAUUCCCCUUUCACCUUCUAUUGUCUCUUCAGUACAUGAUCCUCUUUCAAGUUUAGCUAACCCAAUAAUUAUAAUCUCCUUUUCUCCCCCUUUCCCUUAUCUCCGUUACAUGUUCCUCUCUGGGAUUUUGAUGUCAGACCUCUUAUCCUUAACCCCUCGUCCUCUUCUUCUCCAGUGUUUUACUGUUCGUCCCCCACUUGUUCAGGUCCCCAGUGUAUUUCAGGUGUCCCCAGUGUUAUUACAACCCUCAGCAGUGUACACCUGUUGUCUCACCACCUCUCCUCUCUCCUUCACAGGGUACAAACAUAGCAGCGGGUAAGGCGGUGGGCGUUGUGGUGGCCACGGGCGUCCACACGGAGAUUGGCAAGAUCCGGGACGAGAUGGCGUGCACGGAGCAGGAGCGUACGCCUCUGCAGCAGAAGCUGGAUGAGUUCGGGGAGCAGCUGUCUAAGGUAAUCUCCCUGAUCUGCAUCGCUGUGUGGCUCAUCAACAUUGGCCACUUCAGCGACCCCGUCCAUGGAGGCUCCUGGAUCCGCGGCGCUGUGUACUACUUCAAGAUUGCUGUGGCCCUGGCCGUGGCCGCCAUCCCUGAGGGUAAGAGUCACUAGGAGAGUGGGAAUGAGGAGUGAGGGGAAGCAGUCUAUAAUAUACAGAAAGCAAUACAUUGGGCUCCAGCAUAGUUAGUAUGUCUAACCCCCUCUUAUUGCCAUCUCUCUCUUUACCAGGUCUGCCCGCUGUCAUCACCACCUGUCUGGCUCUAGGAACCCGCCGGAUGGCCAAGAAGAACGCAAUUGUCCGCAGCCUGCCCUCUGUGGAGACCCUGGGCUGCACCUCCGUCAUCUGCUCCGACAAGACUGGCACCCUCACCACCAACCAGAUGUCUGUCUGCAGGGUGAGUCCCCAUCCCCAGAGCAUCAUGGGGAUAUGGGUGGUGGUAUGGUGGGAAGGGUUUUUAGUAGGAAUGGCUGAUGUUUUGUAUUAUGGUUACGUCCAACACUCGGGGUAUUAAAACUAACAUUACCUUAGUAGUGAAAAAUAUUCUUACCUAAAUCAAUGAUUCUAGCCUUGUUUGUGUGCUACUGCUUGGAAACACUUUUACCAUGGAGAAUCCUGGGAAGGUGACAGUGGCAAGUCAAUAUAUGAGACCCAGCCGGUGAGCAUCUGAAGUCCUGCCAGUGGAAAUGCAAAUCUCCAGCUGCUCAAUGCAAAAGCCAUGCAAAAAACACCUCCUCACACCUUGCCUCCUGGGACGAGCUUUCUGCACUGGCAGGGAGGGGUCCAGCUGAGCUAAACAGAGCCUACAGCAGCCUAUUCCACAUUUAUAUUAGCAUGUUUAAUCAGAUGGAGUUUUAGGGCUUUCUGAGCUCAACUUGAUUAGCCUUUGCUAGUUUAUGUAGCAGUAUACCUGCUUAAGGAGAAGGCUAUGUUCUUGGCAACCAUGAACAAUCCAUUCCAGUGAGAACUUUCCCACUGAUUUGGCAUCAGAAACCCCCUGGCAAUAAAGCAGUAUUGACAGCGUCUACUGACAGUGUGGACUUAUCCCCAGGGUAUUGUAGCGGUUGAAAGGCAAAGCAGUAUAAUGAAUGAUUCAUUUAUUUGCUAUCACGGUUUAAAUGAGAUUGGGAAGUGGAGGCUAUGAAAUUAUUCCUAUAUUUAUUGAAUUGCAUCAUAUUAGAUUGAUUAAAUGCAACUGCUGAACACUUUAUGCCAGGGGUAGGCAGCUAGGUUCAGCCACUGGCCGAUCUUUGUCGGUUGCGGAUGGUCGGGAGGCUGAAACAUAAUUCUAAUAAUUUGUACACUGCAAAUUUUGAAAAUAACAAUCAUUUCAUACCUUUAUUACAUUGAGACACAAUCACGUGUCUUUUAUUUGUGGGAACAGAUUUCCUGAAUUGAACAAAUGUUUAGCUGAGUUUCUGGUGAUUUCACUGCCCUCAGAUUGGUGAUGAGUCACACACACAGUCAUUCAUAUUCAGGGGGAUGGGCAACAGGUGGCCCGCGGGCCAAAAUCCCUGAAUAUGGACCAUAAUGCAUUACCACUCCCAAGCCUCUUUCCCCAAUGGUCUUCGACACUGCUGUUCUCUUCCACUGCAUCACUCCUGUAUAAUUUCUAUCUUAUUUUCUGCCGUCUCCUACUAUUCUCACAUUUCAUUCCCUCUUUCUCUUCUUCUUCAUCCUUAUACCUUUCCCUCUUAUCUCCCUCUCAUUCUCUCUUUAAGCAAUAAGGCACCUCGGGGGCUUGUGAUAUAUGGCCAAUAUACCACGGCUAAGGGCUGUUCUUAUUCACGACGCAACAUGGAGUGCCUGGACACAUUUGUUUUAGAUCUCUCCCCCUUCACUCUUUCUAUCUCUUUCUGAUUUUGAGUGGUCUGUGCUGAGAGGGUGUCUGCACGCAAACACAGCACAAGGCACGGCACGCACAACAUUACACAAUACAUUUCCACGCAACACUGCUCAGCAUAAUCAAAACAGCUCAGCAUAACAUGGCAGCAUGGUUCAGUUCUUGGAAUACAGAGGGAGGGGAAAGAUUGGAAGCAGCAUCUUGUUUAAAGAUAACAAAGAAAUUGUUUUCCAAUGCAAAACUUCCUAGCAUAUAUACUUUUGAACUAUUCCUGUACCGAUACUGCAAUAACAGAAUCUGGAAUUCGGCUGCUGUGUAAGACGGGUAACUCUAAAAUUAGCCAGCUGGAGUAGAGGAAUGUUUUUCUUAAUUCAUUGUGUUUUUGGUAAAGCAUCCCUGACGUCACAGCUCUUUUGAAGUCUGUACUGUGCCUCAGGAGGGGAGAAGGGAAAGACAACACCGGUUCAUACUUUUAUUUUGAUAUUUCUCUCCAUCUCUCCAUCCUGCCUUGCUUCUCUACAAAGCCGGCGCCGGGAGAUUAGUCUCACUCUGUGUGUGUGUGCGCGCGUCUUGCGUGUGUGUGUGCGCGUCUUGUGUGUGCGCGUCUUGUGUGUGUGUGUGUGUGUGCACGUCGUGUGUGUGUGUGUGUGCGCGUCCUGUGUGUGUGUGUGCGCGUCCUGUGUGUGUGUGCGCGCGUCCUGUGUGUGUGUGUGCGCGUCCUGUGUGUGUGUGUGUGCGCGUCCUGUGUGUGUGUGUGCGCGCGUCCUGUGUGUGUGUGUAUGUAUGCGCGCGUCCUGUGUGUGUGCGCACGUCCUGUGUGUGUGUGCGCGCGUCCUGUGUGUGUGUGUGUGUGUGCGCGCGUGUCCUGUGUGUAUGUAUGCGCGCAUCCUGUGUGUGUGCGCGCGCGCGUCGUGUGUGUGUAUGUAUGUAUGCGCGCGUCCUGUGUGUGUGUGUGUGUGUGUGUGUGUGUGUGUGUAUGUAUGUAUGUAUGUAUGUAUGUAUGUAUGUAUGCAUGCGCGCGUCCUGUGUGUGUGUCUCUCUGUGGCAUGCCAUCUGUGGAGGCAGGCUUGCCCUAUUACUGCUCUCUGUGUUUCUCUCACUUACAUGCUCCCACUUCUUCUCCAUCUCUCUUUAUCUCCUCUAACCCUAUCCCUGUCUGCUUUUUCUCUCCCGUCUCCUCCUCUCUCUUUCCCUCCCCUGUCCCGCCGUCUGCUGGUAGAGGUCACAUCCACACAUUCAUCCCAGCAUGGACAUAAAUUAGUACCCUUGUCUAGAACACCUCUCCAAGAGACCCAUAGCCACCAGUGUAAAGUGUGCUUAAUCCUUAGUGUUUUUUUCCCAAGGCACAGUAGCAAUUAUUUCAUUAAUUGGGGUUAGGGUUUAUCAGUGCUCUAAUAGUAUUGCAGUUGUCUGAUGUGCUGCCCCCUACUGGGUAGGCUGUGCUACUACUGCAUGUAGAUCAGUGGGCUCAAAUCAAAUUUUAUUGGUCACAUGCGCCAAAUACAACAGGUGUAGACUUUACAGUGAAAUGCUUACUUACGAGCCCGUUCACAACAGUGCAGAGUUCAAAAGUAUGAAAUAUUUGCUCAUUAAAAAAGGAGAUAACACAAUAAAAGCUAACAAGGCUAUAUACAAGGAGUACCAGUACCAAGGCAAUGUGCAGGGGUACGAGGUAAUUGAGGUUAAUACAGUAUGUACAUGUAGUUAGGGGUAAAAGUGACUAGGCAAUCAGGAUAUAUAAUAACCAGAGUAGCAGCAGCGUAUGUGAAGAGAGUCAGGUGCGUGGGUAGAGUCAAGUGAGUGUGCAUAGAGACAGUGCAAGAGAGUCAGUCCCAUAAAAUUAGGAUAAAUAAAUAAUAAAGGGGGUCAAUGUAAAUAGUCCGGGUAGCCAUUUGGUUAACUGUUCAGCAGCUUGGAAGUAGAAGCUGUUCAGGAGCCUUUUGGUCCCAGACUUGGUGCUCCAGUACCGCUUGAGUUGCCAUACCAAGCGGUGGGCAAGAUGCUCUCAAUGGUGCAGCUGUAUAACAUUUUGAGGAUCUGAGGGCCCAUGCCAAAUCUUUUUAGCCUCCUCAGGGAGAAGAGGCGUUGUCCUACCGUCUUCAUGACUGUGUUGAUGUGUUUGGACCAUGAUAGGUCCUUAGUGAUGUGGACACCGAGGAACUUGAAGCUCUCGACCCGCUCCACUACAGCCUUGUCGAUGUGAAUGGGGGUGUGUUCGGCCCUCUGUUUCGGUAUUACGAUAAGCUCCUUUGUCUUGCCCACUUUGAGGGAGAAGUUGUUGUCCUGGCAUCACACUGCAAGGUCUCUGACCUCCCUAUAGGCUGUCUCGAGUGGCAGCUCUAGCCUUUAGCUCAGUGUGGAUGCUGCCUGUAAUCCAUGGCUUCUAGAGCGCCGCCUCUGGAUAAGCAUUUUCUUGUUUGUUUAUGGCCCCUAUACAGCUCCUUGAGUGCGGUCUUAGUGCCAGAAUCAGUUUGUGGUGGUAAAUAGACAGCUGUAAAAAAUACAGAAACUCUUUUUUUAUUUAUUUUGUAUUUAAUUUUUUAGAGUAUGGUUUACAGCUUAUCAUGAGGUAUUGUAACUAAAGUGGGCAGAACCUUGACUUUCUUAAUAUUAGAGAUCGCACACCAGCUGUUGUUGAGAGACUCAACCCCCCCCACGAUCUUACCAGACUGCCGUACUAUUCUGCCGAUGCAUAGAAAAACGAGUUAGAUGUUAUUAUCCAUGUCCUUAUUCAGCCAUGACUCCGAGAAGCAUAGUAUAUUACAGUUCUGGAUGUCCCGUUGAUAGAAUAGUCUCGAACAGAGCUCAUCCAGUUUAUUCUCUAGCAAUUGUACAUUCGCAAAUAGAACAGAGGGUGGAGGCGAUUUUAUUCUCUCGCUGCCGUAGUCUAAUCAAGGUGCCCGCGCGCCGGCCUCUAUAUCGCAGUCUUCGCCUUCCACAAGUGUCGGGGAUUUGGGCCUGGUACAGGAUAAUCAAUGUCUUUCUCCUCCGACUCAUUGAAGUAGAAGUCCUUGUCCAAAUCGAGGUUAGUGGUAGCUAUUCUGAUGUCCAGAAGCUCUUUUCGGUCAUAGGAAACGAUGGCGGAAACAUUAUUUACAAAAAAAGUUACAAUUAGCGGCCAAAAAUACACAGAAUAGCAUAAUUGGUCUGGAGCCCGUAAAAUGUCCGCUUUCCAAAGCAGUGGCAUACAGUGUUAGGUUGAUUCAGGGGAUCUAGAGAACUGCCAGUUGUGUAAAGCCUGUCGCGUGCUUCCAAGUCAAAACAGUUAGUGCAAAUUGUGCAAAUUUUUGUCCAUUUUGGUGUUCGGCUGUUUUUUUUUUUUUCGACUGUUCAUGUAGUUCGGUAGCCAAAGGCUACGCCCCUUCGUCUGUGAUUGGUCAGCUCCUGGUUGGAGAGGGAACUAUGGACAGGAUUCUUCGAUGAAAUGUCAUUCAACGAGAGAUGACUAGUUUUCAUGCACAUUUUUUCACUUGAGAAAUACUGCAUCAAACAUCUUAGUUAAUGUAAAAUUGCGAAACUAAGACGACCUCAGCAAUGCUGUAUGCGGACGCUUUACGUCCAUAAGGAAACGUGUGUGUGUGUGUGUGUGACCUGACACGUUCUCUCCCUGUGUUUGUGUUCUAGAUGUUCAUUAUUGACCAGGCUGCAGGCGAUAGCUGCUCCCUAAAGGAGUUCACAAUCACUGGCUCCACAUACGCACCUGAGGGACAAGUGUGAGUAGACAGACAUACAGAACGAACACACACACGCGCGCGCACACAAUGAAACACACGUGUAGUCACAUUAUCAAUACACCACAACAUACCUGAGCUCACUGUUCCCCCUUUUUCAUGGCUGUUGUCUUUUAUUACAGGUACCAUGAUGGUAAACAAGUGAAGUCCUCCCAGUAUGAUGGCUUGGUAGAGAUGGCCUCCAUCUGUGCCCUGUGUAACGACUCCUCCCUGGAUUACAAUGAGGUUUGUAUCCUUUAUAAACGUCACUGUUAGGUUCCUGCUGGUUGAAAAGGCCCGGUCACAUAAGCCUUUAUCAGUGGUUCAUUUAUUGUUUUGAAUAUCAGUGGUCUUCCCCAUUCUGUUGUGGAUAUACAUGUUUUUUUAGUUGUUCAUUGCUACUAUCUGGUGUGUUUUUUCCUCAGACCAAAGGUGUGUAUGAGAAGGUUGGCGAGGCCACAGAGACUGCCCUUACCUGCCUGGUGGAGAAGAUGAACGUGUUUGACACCGACGUCAAGGGACUGUCCAAGAUCGAGAGAGCCAAUGCCUGCAACUCUGUAAGCCACCAUUGGCUACUCUCUUAAUCCCAACAUGAUUCUCCUGUGAAAGAAUUAUAAAACUGAGUGUUGGUCCCAAAUGUCACCCUAUUACCUUUAUAGUGCACUACUUUUGACCUGAGCCCUAUGGGCCCUGGUGGUCAAAAGUAGUGCACUAUAUAGGGAAUAGGGUGCCAUUUAGGACGCAUACCUGAGUGUGGUCCUAUUCCAUCAGACAUCCCCCAGGUUGUGCUGUUCCACUCCUCCUUGUUAAGGAUGUGUUGGUCUGUGUUUUUUCACUGUGUGGUACAGGUGAUCAAGCAGCUGAUGAAGAAGGAGUUCACCCUGGAGUUCUCCAGAGACAGGAAGUCCAUGUCUGUGUACUGCACCCCCAACAAGGCCCGCUCCUCCAUUGGCAAGAUGUUUGUUAAGGUAAUUAUGAGAAUCCAUCUACAGUUUUUCUCGGAUAGUAGACCAUAUGGACACCUGAGAAAUUCGCUAUAUAGUGCGCUACUUUUGACCAGGGCCCAGUAGGGCACUAUAUAGGGAAUAGGGUGUCAUUUGGGACAUAGUUCUAGAUGCCACAUCAUAAUAACUAUGAUAAAUGAUUUGGAUUUGUGUACUUUACGAGCCAGUGUCAUUUUGUAGUUUAAUGUACAGUAUGUAGUAAAGGAGCAGAGGCUGAUGCUUUAUUUCCUCUAGUUUGAGUUCCUAUCUCUGUCCCUCUUUCUCCAGGGAGCCCCAGAAGGAGUGAUUGACAGGUGCACUCACAUCCGUGUGGGCGGGAACAAAGUGCCCCUGACCCCGGGCAUCAAGGACAAGGUAUUGUCAGUGAUCAGGGAGUACGGGACUGGGCGCGACACACUGCGCUGCCUGGCCCUGGCCACAAAGGACAACCCCAUUGCCAAAGAGAACAUGGUGUUGGAAGACUCAAACCGCUUCAUUGAAUACGAGGUGAGGGAGUGGGGGAUCAUAAUGAAGUGAGAGUGACAGAAAUAGCAGAGCAUUUAUUCAGAGAAAGGACAACCCCAGACACCUUAAAUACUGGGACUUACUGUAUAGGAGAAACGUGAUGAGGCUGCAAAAAUAGUGUAUAUUUCAAAAACGAAAGAUUUCGAUCAUACGGAUGAGGCAUUGUGAGUGAGCCAAAUCCAAGACUCUGGUCUGACUGUCUCUUUCCCCCUGUGUCUCUCCCCAGACGGACCUGACGUUUGUGGGCUGCGUGGGCAUGCUGGACCCUCCCAGGGCCGAGGUGGCUGCCUCCAUCAAGCUGUGCCGCCUAGCCGGCAUCCGCGUCAUCAUGAUCACCGGCGACAACAAAGGCACAGCCGUUGCCAUCUGCCGCCGCAUCGGCAUCUUCAGUGACAAAGACGAUGUCUCCUCCAUGGCCUUCACCGGCCGCGAGUUUGACGACCUGUCACCGGCCGCCCAGCGAGACGCGGUGGUGAACGCCCGCUGCUUCGCCCGCGUGGAGCCGUCCCAUAAAUCCAAGAUCGUGGAGUUCCUGCAGUCCAUGGACGAGAUCACAGCCAUGGUGAGUGAGACAAGGUCCUCCAGAGACCUGCCUCAUCACAUAUGUGAUUUAGUCAAAAGCUCUAAACUUAUCCUGUAGAAAAGUAGUUUAGAUGGCUAACCAUGCCCUGUCCUUUCCCCAUGACCAGACUGGUGAUGGAGUGAACGACGCCCCUGCUCUGAAGAAGGCAGAGAUUGGCAUCGCCAUGGGUUCCGGCACGGCUGUAGCUAAGUCAGCCUCUGAGAUGGUCCUGGCCGAUGACAACUUCUCUACCAUCGUGGCGGCUGUGGAGGAGGGCAGGGCCAUCUACAACAACAUGAAGCAGUUCAUCCGCUACCUCAUCUCCUCCAAUGUGGGAGAGGUUGUCUGGUAAGGGUCAUGGCUUUGUCCCAAAUGGCACCCUAUUUCUAUUUAAAGUUCACUACUUUUGACCAGGGCACUACUUUCGACCCGAUAGGGCACUGGUCAAUAGUAGUGCACUAUAUAGGGAAUAGGGUGGCAUUUGGGACUCACACCCACAUCUCCUCUCUUCAGUGGGAAAAUCAAUAAAAGGUCCUCAGUGCCAGGGUAACAAGCCUCCAUCCUCAUGUAAAUAAUGUUAUUCUACCAUUCCUACAGCAUCUUUCUGACGGCUGCUCUAGGCUUCCCCGAGGCUCUGAUCCCUGUCCAACUGCUGUGGGUUAACCUGGUGACGGACGGCCUCCCUGCCACUGCACUGGGCUUCAACCCCCCCGACCUGGACAUCAUGAACAAGGUCCCCCGCAACGCCCGCGAGCCCCUCAUCUCUGGAUGGCUCUUCUUCAGAUACCUCGCCAUAGGAUGUGAGUUCACCUGCGCUCUGUGGAGAAGAAACCUUCACAGAAGUGAAAUAUUAGUUGAACAAGUGUUUAGGCUGUUGUGUGUAUCUAGAUAGCCAUGUGUGUCUCCUGUGCUCUGCCUCUUUAGGCUAUGUGGGUGUGGCUACAGUUGGUGCUGCUGCCUGGUGGUUCGUCGCUGCUGAGGACGGACCCAGGAUCACCUUUUACCAACUGGUAGGAGAACAAUGCCAAUACAAAGCACACAUACACUCUGAAACGCAGGCGCACGCACACACACAGGCACUCUUACUGAGCGGCUUUUCUCCUCUUCCCACAGAGCCACUUCCUGCAGUGUGGUCCUGAGAACCCAGAGUUUGAGGGUUUGGAGUGUGAGCUGUUUGAGUCCCCCUACCCCAUGACCAUGGCCCUGUCUGUGCUUGUCACCAUCGAGAUGUGCAACGCCCUCAACAGGUCAGACUAUGCCACUACAUCUUUCGUGUUCCUGCUCUCAUUUAAAACUUCCCCACUGUUGAUUUAGGCUUGACAUUAGUAGCAUAAUGUUGUGAAAUUAAUCUGGUACACAUGGUCAAAUGUUGGGCAAAUGGCUCCCAAAUGGGUUUCAAUCAAUGACUUAACCCAGUUCUUCUCUCUGUUUCCCCCAGUGUGUCAGAGAACCAGUCCCUGCUGCGUAUGCCCCCCUGGGAGAACGUGUGGCUGCUGGGAGCCAUCUGCCUUUCCAUGUCCCUGCAUUUCCUUAUCCUCUAUGUGGAGCCCCUGCCGGUGAGACUACCUGCAAUAAUAAUAAACCUGAGGCUACCAGAAAUGAUUUCUAGAACAAUUAAAUGCUAGUGUAACGGGUGGGAUGGGUAGAGAAACUGAAAAAGCAGGAGAGGUUAUCAUCCUCACCCAUGUUGCUAUCCUCUCCUCUACAGAUCAUCUUCCAGAUUACCCCUCUGAACCUGACCCAGUGGCUGAUGGUGCUGAAGCUCUCCCUGCCCGUCCUCCUGCUGGACGAGGUUCUAAAGUUAGCAGCCAGGAACUACAUGGAGAACUACCCUGGUAAAGAGCUGGAGAAGCCCAGCAGCAAAGGCUGCUCUCUCUCUGCAUGCAUGGAGGGCAUCUCCUGGCCCUUUGUGGCCCUCACCCUCCCCCUGGUGCUGUGGAUUUACAGCACCGACACUAACAUGGCAGACAUGUUCUGGUCCUGA